GUGGGCGAUACUUUGUAAUUUUUUUCUACAAGACUUGAUGCUUAUGUUUCUUGUUUCUCGUCGAUCUCACUUCUUGUUUGAAAAAAGCUGAAAACCAAAGUAAACUGAGUGAGACUGUGAGUACAUAAUUUUUUAAUUUUAUUUUACUCUGAACUAUAUGACCAUUUUCUAUAGAUUGUUUUAACUAUUUUCUUGAUUAACACAUAAAACCCAGAAGAACAGGGAUAAAACAACUUUUUUCAGGAAUAAAAGUACAUUUUUGUUCAUUAAACUAUUUUAGCACGGGGUACAUUUUUAUGAGUAUCCCCUAAAAAACUUGACAUAUGCACAUAAAGACAUGCAUUGUAUAUGAAAGUAUAUCGUUUUUGCUUACUACCGUUCUACUAUUGUGUGGUUUGAAAAACAGUUAGCAUCGUUACCAGAACAAUUUCAGGGAGCAAAAGUCGUUUUAGGGUCUUAAACAUCAACCUUUAUUAUAUAUCAUUAACCCAAGAAAGUGGGUUAAACCAAGAAGACAAAAUAAAAGUCAAAAACAUUUAUAUUUUACUUGAAUGGGCAAUUGUUAUUUUAUGAUAUUUGCGGUGUUUAUUUUCUGUCUUCUAACUUCGGUAUUUUCAUUUAAUAAUAAUUUAUUAAUUUAUUUUAAUUUCUUUGAACCAUAAAACAAAAGCUUUGGGAAAUAAAUCUAGAUAAAUAGUUUUAAAAGGCAGACUGAAUCACUAACUGUGUAAAGAAUAUGUAAUGUAAUGCUUAAUCUAUUUUACUGUUGUAGUUUGCUCUAUUACCCUUAAAUAUUCUCCACAUUGGGAUACAAGGAUUCUCGUUAAAAUGCUUUUUUUAAUUAUAAAAUAAUUAGCAAAGUUUUCAUGAUUUAUUUGUUUUUAUUGCACAAUGGCGAUUGACUUAAAAGGAAACUGAAAAAGGAUAUUAAUCUAAAAUAUUCUUAACUGAAUGAUUUAGAUUGUGAGAAUUCCCAAAUCCAUUAACACUUUUAACAUUUUGCAUGAAGUAUUGUGUUAACAAUUUGAAGAUGUUAUGGGGAUGGAAUAAUAAUAAUAAAAAAAAAAGAAAGACGAAAACUCUAGAUGAGUAAAUAUUUUAACACAAAGAUAAAGCACCGCGCUUACAGCAGCAGUAGCUUAGUAUCCAACAGCUUAAAAUACAUAGUAAAAACAAAGAGAACGUUACCAGCGCUCUGGCCUUAAUCCCCAUGUGCAUUUAAACAAUAUGGAGGCUCUUUAGUUUUAUUCCAAUGGCCAUUUGAAUAUAUAAGCUCACCUGCCACGUCAAGGCAAGCCAUUUGAUAUGCUGAUAUCAGCCAAGAAUCUCCAGUAAGACAGGAAGGGGUAUUUUAUGAACCCUUUCACAUUUAACCCUUUGUAGGGCUUCUACACAUACAAAUCACCUUGCUGGUAUCAGCUAAAAGGCAAAUUUCCUGAUGAGAAAGCACCCCUUCCUGUCUCAUUCAGGGUUAAAUAUCUAGGGGUUUAUAAAACACCCCCUCAUGUCUCAUUAGAGAUGUUUACACUUUGUCUGAUACCAGCAAAGUUUAUUGUAUGUGUAGAAGCCCUAUAAAGGGUUAAAUGUGAAAGGGUUUAUAAAAUACCCCUUCCUGUCUCGCUGGAGAUUCUUGGCUGAUAUCAACAUAUCAAAUGGCUAGUGUAGGAACUCACCUAUUGAGGCUUGCCUUGACGUGGCAGGUGAGCUUAUAUAUUCAAAUGGCCAUUGGAAUAAAACUAAAGAGCCUCCAUUUUGAGUAAAUAUUUUAACCUACAAAUAUUCUGGGGAUUUUACUAGUGAUCUAUUGACUCGAUGUGACUGUGUAGCAACUUACAGACACAUACAUAUAUCCUACAUUAAGCUAACAUGUUGGAAAUUUGGAUUCCUAAAUAUACCAGGAAAACAAAUUCAAAUACCAAUAACUAAUGUAUGUGAAUAUAAUUUUCGAUAUAUAUAUAUGCCGCCUCAGCUACAGUAUUAUAAAAAAAAUCAGAUUUGUCCUUCUGCCAUAAUUAUUAACUUUAUUAACAGAAGGUUUGGAAACAAGUGGUACUGAAAUAAUAUCUAUAACAUUAUACAUCUCAGAUGUCCCCAGAUGGAUAAGUAUGGACGCAAAUGCUGGGUGGUUUUGGUAUUUUUGAUUUCGUGCUCAGUAGUGAAGCAGUACAAUCUAAAAUGCAUUAUUAUUCCGCUAUCCUUUGCACGAUCAAAGAAAUUAGUCAUUUUCUUACAGAUCAUGGUAGAUUCCUACACACGUUUUGCUUAGGUAUUACUAACAUACCCGAAAUCUGCCAUUUUACUUGCGUGUCUGCAACUUUAGUUUUAAGAUACAGUCAACACUUGUUAAUCAAAGUAUAUCAGUCUUGGUCAGAUAUUAUGCUGGGAUGUGAGAGAAGAAAGAGUUAAAAAAAAUACUGUCAUAUUAACAAAACCAAAAAGAAAAAAAAUGAGGGCCGCGCUAUCAUUUGCAAAAUGUGCACACCAAGUGCUACAUACAAGUUCAUUGGAAGGACAGAAAAGUACAAAUGCUUCACAUUCUCCCUUUCCUCUUUCAUAAUGCUUGUCAAUACAUGACAUGUAUUGAGAAAGGGGAGAACCCGAAAUGUUUGUACUUUUCUGUCCUUCCAAUAAACUUGUAUGUAGCACUUGGCGUGCACAUUUUGCAAUUGAUAGAGCUGCCCUCUUCUUUUUCUUAUUGGUUUUGUCAAUUAUAACCCUGCUUGGAGCUGCCCUGGAAUGUGUCAGCAGCGCAAGAGGAAUUGAUGUAUCUACUUUUUAAAUUAUUAUUAUUUUUUUUUAAUUCUUUAUUUGUCUCAACUCACAAAAGAUGUCAACAUUUGUUCGUGAAGCAUACAUUUUGAAAGGUAUCACCGUAACAGCUCGUUUAGGCAUAGAGUAUUCAUCACAAGAAGAGUGAGAGCUGCAAUGUGUUGCCUGUGAGUGUGCCGGUGAGUUGAGGUGUUUUUUGUUUUUGUGGUGUAAGCCUGUCGGUAUGAUGUUUGAGUGGGGUUGCCACAGGGUUGCACAUCGUGAGUGCGGUCUGUAUAUCCGUGGCAGGUGUAUAAGUCCCUUCCCUCUGUGGUUGGUCGUGCUAUCUGUGCGUCCUUUUAAGUUAUGAAGGGGGUGGGGGGGAGAUAUUGUCAGUUGUGUUAACCAUAAGUAGGUGUCUGGAUGGUAUUUGUACUUGAGAUGUGCCAUGCAUGUGCAUGUGAAGAGUUUGGGCUUAUUGUGUAGAUCUCGGUCUAAGUGGUUCUGUAGCUCUAUCGCUCCGUUCUGUGUCCCCUCUAGUCAAAAAUGUGUGCAGCAGGUGGAGGCAAGAGUGGCAUACAGUGAAAUAAUAACAAAAUCUUAGCAACGAGGGUUAACCAAUUAUAGAGAAGCGUAAGUCCAGCCUAAAGUCCUGGGGUCAGCAGGUUUAGUGAGGUUAAACUACUGGGCACGUCCUCAGCUCAGCGGGAGGCCUGGAUAAGGGCUUAGCCUCCGCUGGGGCCCGACAUCCUCUCAAUCAAGUCCCGGUUCCAGUGGAUGAGGUGGGUCUCGCCGCCCAUGGUAUAACGUCCCUGAUCGUGGCCAGGUCCACCUGUGCCAGAUUCCUGCUCUCCGAGGUGUUGCUUAGUGGGAUUUUCAGCUUCUGCAGGUGGCCUUCCAGCUCCCGGUAGGUUUCCGCUCGGAGGGUGGUGUCUUGGGCCGUUAUCUGUGCGGGAAGGGCCCCAUCUGUAUGGCACCUCGUUAGUACGUAGGUGGUGGAGUAGUGGUCGUAGGGAUUGGCGCCACAAUGUAUUCCAUGAUAGAUCGGGGAAGAGGAGCAGCAAAGCGCCCUCAAAUUCAAUGGGUGUCUUCCCCCUCAACGCAGCUUGCAAUAUGGCUUUGUCUUGCAGGGAGCUGAAUCAGAGGAUGAGGUCUGGGGCGGUGGACGCUGGUGCGCUGGUUGGAUUGGGGAGGCUGAACAUACCGUCUAGCCUCAGGUUUUUGGCUUGUUUCGAGGGUAGGUGGGCUGCCAUGAACCGCCUAAUGAAAUGUGGUAAGUCCGGCAGACCCACCGUUUCCGGCACCCCCCAGAGUUUCAGGUUGUACCUUCGCCUCUGGUCUUCCAGGAUGUCAAGCCUGCGGUCGAUCUGCAGCCGGUGCUGGUCCAGGGUAGCCAGGCCCCACUCCACCACAGUAAGUCGGCUCUCCUGUGUACUUUGGAUAGUCUCUAGUUGGGGCAGUUGGGCACUCUGUGAGCACUCCAACAGCCUUUCUGAGAGGGGCCAGGUCUCCCGCUAGGUUUGCACGGAGUUCCGCCAGCAUCUCCUUCAGCUGCGUUGUGGUGACCGGUUCUUGGCCGGUUGCGGCCUUUAGUGAAGCACGGUCCUGCCUCGCCACCGGAGUGGGUCUGUCCGAUGGGGCCAUAGCUAUAUCUUCUGAGGAGUAUGAGGUGCCGUCGUCCUCAAGCGCCAUUUUGUCCCAUCCGGCCCUCUGCGAGCUCCGGAAUAGGUCUCCAAUAUCCUGACCCGGUGGGCUCUUGUCUGGCUUGGAUUUUUUAUUCUUACGGCCAAUGUUUGUUCUUGUGGUCUGGGAGUCGGAUUCUGAUGGGUCAGCGGGUCUCUUUGUCAGCAAUUUCAGCCGUUAUUUGGUAUGUUUAAGCGGAGCACAGCGAGCAUGCGACCGUCCAGGUUCACCGCUAGGCUCCGCCCCACUAAUUUUUUGUUAUUUUAAAUGUUCUUUAUUGCGGCUACUGCCAUCUUAAUUUCUAUCUGCCUGUUAUUUUUCUAAUCACAACUAUUUACAUAUGUCUCUCUAUCUAAUAAUUUCUAUUUAAUCUGUUCUAUCUAUAACUUUCUAUCUAUAAUUCUGUAUCUAAUCUCAUCAAUAUAUGUCUGUCUUUAUAUUUCUGCCUAAUAUUCUCCAUCUAUUUCUUUCUAUUUAUAUUAUCUAUCAUCCAACCAUCCAACCAACCAACCAUCUGUCCAUCUCUCUAUCUGUCUGUAUGUCUAUCUAUUGAUCUGUCUGUCUGCAUGUCUGUCUAUCUAAUCUUAUCUUUAUAUGUAUAUCAAUUUAAUCUUCUAAAUGAAAAUACUUCUUCUUUUCCUUGGUCUCUGGGAAAUAGUUUUUCUCAUUUCCCAUUUUUAGUUUUAAUUUCCAGUUUUCUAGAUGUUAUUUACCGUACCUUGUUUUGUUGCUUUUUUUUUUGCCCAUUCACUACUAACAGGUUUACACAAUUCUAAAUGUCACCUUUUUUUCCCCAUCUUUGUACAAAAAUACAGGAGAGAAUGUUUUAGCGAUAUCUUGAUUUAGCAAAUCUUGCACAAUAACAGAAAGAAUUUAAAAGCGAAUGAUAAUUUUGGUAGCUGUUACAAAAAUAGAUUAAUAGAAAUGAUCAAAUGCACCACCCAUGUGUAGGAAGACUGAUAAUCUUUUUGGGCAUCAUCAUUGAAAUGGAAAUAUACACUUACCUCUCCUGUCUUUGAUUGCAAGAAUACAGUGAUGACGUUUGACUUGUUGUGAAAUGGGGGGUUACUUACAGUCAUUUUGCAAAAUACAAAAAUACAGACAGAUAGAAAUGGACUCUGCAAAAAUAAAUGUUUCUCUGCAGGGUGAAAAAAAGUUCUGGAGCAAAGAAAAUGAUAUCUGGGCAAAUCUGGACUUAUGUUAGUUUUUUCUUGCUCUGCAACGCAGAAUGAAUGUGAGCCCUUGUAUGUACAUUGGGUUUGAAAGAUAUAAUGCUCGAUUUAAAUUUUUGGAUUUUUGGGACCUUACAGGAUCUUUGAAUCUGAAAAUAAUCUAAAUCAUUUUGUAAAUAAUCAUGUCGGUGACAUAACUAAUUUACAUAACAAUGUUUUUACCUGCAUUCUCAAAGGACUGAUAAAAACAUUUGUCAAUUAUACAAUACUAUGACUGGUGCUUUGAACUUCUAAUGUGGAGAGAUCUGGAUGUCUAUCCUGUAUCGUCUUUUAUAUAAACAAAGAAACACAGUAGUGUGAUAAAGAGGCGCCUAGUGAUUUGAAACGUGUCAGAUCUAUAGCCGCUGAAAACACUCUGUGAGCACUCCAAACAGCCCACCAACAAUAUACAAUUUUAACAAACGCACUAAAAAUCGUUUAGGUGAUAAUCCCUUCACUCAAUUGUUUAGGUGAUAAUCCUUUACAACAGAAAGUGCAAUUGUAGCGCUAGAGUAUGAAAGUGGGACUUACCCCUCCCAUAAAUAUAUAUUGGAUGUACAUAAAACAGAAAUAGAUAAAAAUACAUAUAGUGUGUUACUGUGAAGAUAAGGUGAGUAUGUUAUCCUUGUUGUUGUUGUUUAGUCGUUCAGUCAUGUCCGACUCUCCGUGACCAUAUGGACCAUAGCACACCAGGUACAUCUGUCAGUCACUGCCCCUCUGAGCUCCAACAACUUCAUGUUCGUGGCUUCUAUCCAUCUCCGUCUCUGUUGUCCCCUUCUUCACGUGCCUUCAAUCUUUCCCAGCAUCAGAGUCUUCUCUAGAGAAUCAUACCUUCUCAUUAUAUGGCCAAAAUAUUAUAGUCCAGCUCCCACAUCCGUAUGUUACUACUGGGAAUACCAUAGUUCUGACUAUGCUGACCUUUGUUGAUAGUGUAAUAUCUUUAGUUUUUACCAGCUUGUCCAAGCUUGCCAUAGCUCUACUCCCCAGAAGCAAACAUCUUUUAAUUUCAUGACUACAGUCACCAUCUGAAGAGAUCUUGGAUUCUAUGAAAAUAAAAUUUGACACUGCCUCCACUUCUUCCCCAUCUAUUUGCCAGAAACUAAGAUUGCUGUUUGCCAUGAUCUUUUUAACAUUAAGCAACAAGCUAGCUUUUGCACUCUCAUCUUUUACCCUCAUCAACAGGUCCUUUAGUUCUUCCUUACUUUCAUCCAUCAGAGUAGUAUCAUCCGUGUAUCUGAGGUUGUUGAUAUUUCUUCUAGCAAUAUUGAUACCAGCUUUGGAUUCAUCCAGCCCAGCCUUACGCAUUAUGUAUUCUGCAUAUAAGUUGAAUAAAUAAGGUGACAAUAUACAACCUUGUCGCACUCCUUUCCCGAUCUUGAACCAUUCUGUUGUCCCAUGUUCGGUUCUGACUGUGGCUUCUUGUCCACAUACAGAUUCCUCAGGAGGCGAAUGAGAUGAUCUGGUACUUCCAUCCCUUUAAGAACUUGCCACAUGUUGUUGUGAGCCACACAGUCAAGGGCUUUAGAAUAGUCUAUGAAGCAGAAGUAGAAGUUUUUCUGGAACUCUCUGGCUUUCUCUAUUAUCCAUCGUACAUGUUAUCCUAGGUAGAUGGAAAUAAACUCACAUGGAGUAGAGUCUUUUCUGUGGAUAUAGGCUCUAAACUCAGGGACUUGUGUGCCCUCAGGUGGCAUAUACAACCUUUCUUCUGUGGAUGCAAACAGCUGUCGAUCGGUAGUAUAUGUGGAGAUGAAGGAAAUACGAUAAAAAAGUAGAAACUCCUAAGGGCAGUAUUAUUUAUCUCUGGUGCACUAAUAUAAAAACUCUCAUCUGGUAUGGAGCCUAUAGAACUGGCUCCAAGUUGUCUGACUUGGUGUCAAUUUAGGGUGACACUCCUCUGGAUGGAACCCAGAUGGAGAUUGAGGAUAUUCACAGGUAAAUAUAAAUUAAAAUAUACCUUUUAUUACCAUAAAAAUAAAAAUAAAAACAAAGUGUACAAUAACAAUAAAAAUAAAGGUGAUGAUUGAUCCUCUUGCUACAUCCAAUUCCCGAGACGCGUUUCACCUGUAAAUCGGCUUUCUCAAUCAGUAAAGGUGUGUAUUCAGGUUCCUGUUUAUGCAGUGGUGUAUUUUGAAUUUGUGCUGCCCUAGGCAUGACAGAACUGGGGUACCCCCUAAUUUAAAUUUGACCCACCCCUUCCUGUCAAGGCCACACCUCUACCUGUUAAAGACUAACACACUAUUUGACUGACAUACACACAUACAUACCCACUCACUGACCACUGACACAUUCUCAGAUACAUUGACAUACACUCACUGGCAGACACACAUACUCACACACUCACUGAUAUGCCACAAUCUGACAGACACACAAUUUUACUGAUUUGACACAAUCUGACAGACACACACAAUCACUCAGACACGCACUGACACACGCACUGUGUGUGCGUACCCCUUAACAAAUGUCUAAACUCCCAUGGUCUUCAAUGCCCAAAUACCGUACAGUAAUAAAGAGAGAUCUGCCCCCCAAUGCUCUAAACUGUCCCGACGCUCGUUUUGCCAGUAUUCAUUUCUACGCAUAAAAACACUGCUGUUUUUCAAUUCCAUCAUGGCCCAGUUAGAGUGUGAACCCAUAUGUAAGAAUUUAAUUACCGUAUUUCCUUUUUUUGUUGUUGGCAUUUUCUCUUAGGGCACAGAAUUGUUAUAUAUACUCUUAUAGCAGCGGCGUUAAUAAUGGAGCAACUUCCAAUGCUAGAAGUUGCUCCAGCAUUGAAGAGGAAAGACAAACUGUUAACUAAGCUAGCAAUAAUUAAAAUUUAGUGGUCUUGGAAAAAAUCGAUUUUUGCGGUCAUUCAGACUGUGCAUUGCAAUCUCACAAUAACGGUCGCCGAGUGCGGAGUUAGCGUGCAUCUACUCUUCUACUGUUCUUUUGAUUGUUAUAAGCAAGUGUUGUGUGAGUCAUUCCCAGCACGGGGGUUUGGUACAAGAUUAAACUAAAGAGACAGUUAGUCUUCAUUUUACCAAAUGCAACAGCACACAAAAACAGAAGUCUUCGUUUUACCGAACACUUCGAUGAAAUGAUUUUUGAUCAUCGUUGGAUGGCUCCAACAUUUUUUAUAAUCCGGAUGUCAUGACUCAACUGUAUUUAAACUAAAUUGAAAAAAAUAAAUCAAUUACAAAAAUGUUAAUGAGGAAUGUCACACCUCCCCACACCUCACAGGUUAGGAACCCCUGUUCUAGAAGCAGGCAGUAUUUCAGUAAUUUGGGCAGAAUGACUCUCUCACUCCGUUGAUGUUCUGGCCCACAAGAGAACAAAGAAAGAAUUAGAAUGCUUAGUACACUUGGUAUAUUCACUAAACUCCUACUUUUUGCCCAAUCUUAGGCAUUUAACUUGAUAAACUAAACUCAGAUAUUAGGGGAUUUACAUACUAUUUGAUUGUGCUUUACAAUCCAUAUAUGGCCAAAUACACUGGAGUUAAAAAAAAAAACAACAAAAAACUACUUUUGUUGGGCCUAUGCUUCUCUAGAAAAAAUCAUUUCCUGUUGAGACUGACUUUGUCACUCUUUACCAAAAACACAGUUACAGCACACAAAGAGCUAGUAUAGUGAAAACCACAGGCUAUGUAUGUGUCAGUUUACUGUGAGAGCCCCAGAUUUUGACAGUGAAUGAAGUGAUGAGGUAUAUGUGAAGCCACACAUGGACUAUUCAGUCAAUAAUUAUCGAUGAUUCUGACCACAUAUGUUAAGUAUAACAUUUCACUGUUUGGUCUGAGAACCACAAUAAAGUCUGUAUAGCACCUAAUCUUAGAGUUGCACCCUUUACAUGUCAGAAGAGAUAAAGAGGAGAGCGUGUAUUGGUCCUCAGAGGGGAAAUACAUUAAUAUGCACUCCUUACAAGCACACCAACGGUCAAUUCACCAAAUUUGUAGUGCAAACAGGGGACUUGUGGUUUGACACCACAGUCUUAAUCCAUGUGCACAGUUGUGUACAGCAGGUGUUCCAAGUGUGCCCAGGCUGUGGCAGCUCUAGACUUUGUAAAGCCUUAGGCAAAACUCAACCAUGAGGCUUCACUAACAUCAAUAGUGAAGAAAAAUAAAUAGGGGUUGCAUUGUGUGUGUAGAAGAAGCUGUAGUUAUAUUGAAGGGCGGACUUGCAGUGCUGGAUACAGAGAGUUAGUCUCUGUAUUUUUUGCUCAGAGACCUACAGUGUCUUGGCUCUCUGUGAGUGUGGUAGGGUUGGGGGUGGUGACAGUGUGUGGGAGGUGAGUGACAGUGUGGGAGGUAACAGUAUAUGGAGGAGUGACAGUCUCUGGAGGUGUGACAGAGUGGGGGGUGAGUGACAGUGUGGAGAGGUGACAGUGUGUGGGAUGACAGUUUGUGGAAGGGUGACAGUGUGUAGGGAGAUAGGGUAUUGGGUUGACUGUGCGGGAGGAUAACAGUGUGUGGGAGGGUGACAGUGUGUGUGGAGGCUGUGUUUUAGUGACUGGAGGCAGUGGUGUAUUCUGGUUUUGUGCUGCCCUAGGCAUGACAAAACUCAGUCACCCCCCAUCCAAAUUUCUCUUCCUGACAGACACACGUGUUCACUGACGCAUGCACUGACAUACACUCACUGACAGAUACACAGUCAUUGUCACACUCACUGUUUAACCAACACAUAUUUUCACUGAAACAUACACAUUCACAUACACAUGGAAUAUAGCUUGGUUGCUGCUUCUAAGUGCUGCUUCACAGUGGGUGCUUGGAUAUAUUCUGGAUAGUGCUGCUUCAGAGUGUGUGCUUGGAGAUAUUCUGGAGAUAAACUGGAGGUAAUCUGAGUUAUACAAGAGAAAAAAAAGUAAGAUUUGUUUGAUUUAAAUUACUCACCUCAUCUAAUAGUUGUUAUACAUUUGUUUUACGUUCCACUUUUUGGAAAUUUGGAUGCUGUCUAAUCUGUAGACAGUUCUCUAUAUUGCUGCAGGAGAUUGUAUUUUUGAAGUCUGAGAUUUGUAAAUUAUCCGUUAAACAAACUGAGGCUGAAACUGUUGCAAAGCCACUGCCGCAGAGACGUCCUAGGAAUGGCAGAUGGAUUACUGUAGGAUCUGGUAUUAGAGUUGUGGAUAAAAGACAUAUUGCACAGUCUGUUGCUCUACAUUAAUAAUUUUCAGCACUCUCAGAGUGUAGUGGUGUUAUGGAGACAGGCUCAGGCUCCGAGUGUAGUGAUGUUAUCGAGACAGGCUCAGGCAUCAAGUGCAUUGGUGUUAUGGGGAAAUGCUCAGGCAUAGAGUUUAGUGGUGUUAUGGAGACAGGCUCAGGUACCGAGUUUGUGGAACCACCAUCCUCUAGUCUAUGUCAAAGUUGUGCAAGACUGCAGCCAAUGACAAAAAGGAUAAGUUGAGGCCUAAUAGAAAGCAGUUGUUGUUGGGGGAUUCUAUCAUAAGAGGUGUGCAGCUGGACAAUAAUGACCUUGUGAGAUGUCUUCCUGGAGCUACUGCUCACAGAGACAGUAGAUGUAUUUGUAAUAUUGUUAAGCUAGCAAAGUAGGAAGGGGAGUUGGAUGUACUUGUCCAUUUAGGGUCAAAUGACUUUGCUUGCAAUGAGGUUUCAGAGGUAAAGGAAGUGUUUUAUGUUUUUGUUAAUGAUAUACGGCAGGUUGCUUCCACGCUGUCAUUCUCUGAAGUUCUGCCUGUGCAUAACACUCAGAAUGACAGGCGGAAGUGUAUUAGGCACUUUAACUUGUGGCUUGAUGAAUGGUGUCGGAAGCAAGGAUUUGGCUUCAUUUCUCAUGGUAGCUCUGUUUAAAAUGGAAAUAAUCUGUACAAAAAAAGAUGGUUUGCAUCUUUCUCAAAAGGGAACUAAUAUUCUCAGUGAGCAGUUCAGAGGUUUUGCUAUGACGUAUUUACACUAGGAGAUGGGAGGGAGAGGGGAGGGGGAACAAAAGGGUGAUAAAACCUCAAUCUAAUUGCCUCUCAAAACAAGUACAGAAGUGCCUGUAGCAAGUGUGUUAAAAAAUGAGUCAUGUCUACAGCUUAGAGUCAUGUCUACAAAUGCUCGCAGUUUAGGGAAUAAGAUCCAUGAACUUGUGGCAAUAAUGGCAACUGAUAAUGUAGAUUUAGUUGCUGUAACUGAGACAUGGUAUAAUGAGAAAAAUAACUGGGACAUAGCAAUACCAAGGUACUCUUUAUAUAGAAAAGACAGAGAAAGCAAGAAAGGGUGAGGGUUGGCCCUGUAUAGACGGAUUACAUAAAAUCUAGCCUAAUAAAUGCUAGUGAGGAGAACAUAGAGUCAGUUUGGGUUACGUUAGAAUUUGGUUAUCACACAGUAACUAUGAGCCAGGUACUCUGGGGGGGGGGGCUUACUAUAGCAGCGCUAUCUGCAGAUCACCAAGCCAGGGGGAUAUGAAGGGCUAGCCUGCACUACUGUGGGGGCGGCAUCUACCGCCGAGGGGGACCCACACAAGUUUUUGGUGGGCAUGGCAACUGGGGGUAUGGAGAGGGGGGGAGACCUACAAUGUACAACAUAUGGGUGCUGUAACGGAUCACCUGUCACCCUGACUGGGUACCUCCGUUGAAAGAUGCUCCUAGCGCUUCUUGAGGAUUCCAAGCACUCUAGCCGACACCACAACCACCGCAGGCUGAACCUCUCUUCCUUCAGAGUGAAGCAGGAAUGAACUCUUAAAAGAGCUUAGGAGUGAUUAUAGCAAGGGAAUAUGCAGAGCAUAGCAAUCCCUUGUAGCAGAUUCCCCCAAUAAGAGACAGGACUCCAAAUUGAGGAUGAAGUAAAACUGACUGUACUGUCACAUACAGCCUCUUUUAUUCACAAUCCACAAACAUAGUACUGCCCACAGGGUUUUGAAAUACAACCAAUGAAUCUGUACAAUACACACAGACACUCCCACACAAAAGCCUCCCCUCUGCCUGUGAUAUGAUUACUGAACACAAUGGUUAAUAUAAUUAUCACAGGCAGAGAAAUACAGUAUUAUAAAACAUAUCACAGGGACCCCAAAACAUGCAAUAACCCCAUAAAGUACAUCCUCGGAACCGGGGGAUCUGGGUGAACCACAUAUCCAAAAUUCACCCAGAUCCGUUCAGUAGUUUGGAAGAUACAGUAUAAUGCAGAUUCCGCAGAACAUAUACAGGCUAUAUGAAAAAUAAUUACUGUAUGAUGUGUCCCCUGUUGUAUAGUUUAAAACUACUGCACAAUGUCUUUGUGCACCAAAUACCGGCUAGAUGGCACCGUGUAGAAAAGUCAAAAGUGUCUGUGAGUUAAAAUGGCCGCCAUCCAUUGUUCUCACCAUGUGCUUGAUCCAUUGUUCUCACCAUGUGCCUCUGAUACAUGGAAUGGUGGCCACCCAGUAACUCCACAGUAUGUCCCCAGAUGGUUCUUAAAGGGCCAGCAGCAGCAUAAUAAAAUAUAAUAUGCCCAAAUCAGUUCCUAGAAGGGCAAUACAUCCCAGGGCCAUAGUUGCAGGGCAGGAGGCUGGCAAACAGGCCCCUCCAAAAACCAGUGACGAGGUCACUUUCGCCACAGGUGCAUCUAGCAGUUUGACAAAAACCCUAAUGGGGUCGAAAUGUGGCUGAUUUUUUCUCCAAUAUGUCUACCAACUUACCCAGUUGCACCCUGGGAGCCUGGAGAUUGCGGUAUCCUUUCUUAUUAAUAUAUCAAGACUGCAGUCAUCGCCAGGGUACUUAGUCAAAUAUUUGCAUUUCCUGGAGUCACAAACACUUCUGAAAAUACCUGGGUGAGAGAAGAAUAUUGUAUCUAUGAGAGAAUCUAUGUGAUCUAUCCAUAUCUCUCUCUCUCUCUCUCUCUGUCUCUAUAUGCUCCAGUCUUUAUUGUUAGAGUAACUAAACAGAAAUUGAUUCAUACACAUUCAAUUAGGUCAAUUUGAUUUCUAAAUGUUCUAGCUCAAGAAAUAUGCUAUCAACCCAUCAAUGAAAUGGCUUCUUAACAUCUGCAUUUAUCUGGUUUCCUUAAGAUAAGUGACAUACAUGACAUUUGAGAGACGAUAUGAGAAGGAAGAAAAUUCAUUGUUACUAGCAUCUUUCAAUAGCUGUGUUGCAUCAUGUAAAAACUACUCCCUGAGGCACCACGAUUCCUCUUUUUACCCCUAACUAUAUAAAGUCAUAGCAUAUCCACAUUCUUUCAAUCCUUGCCUGAGCAUUCUAUACCAUGCCUAGACAGGCUUAGCUAAAGUGGAAAAUGUAUGUGCUGGAAACAAUAUGAUGAAAAAGAAAGGUUUAGCAUUCUUAGAUGGAUUUAUUCAGAAUCUAUAAGAAAUAUGAAGAAAAAAAUAUAUAUAUAUUUUAUUCAAAUUUGUAAUUUUAAGUUAAAUAUAGUCAGUACAGUGUAUAUAUUGAAAUAAUAUUUGUACUCAAGCAGUAUCAGGAAACACUGUAUACAGUAUAAAUAAAACACUUUACACCUAAACUUUAAAUAAAAAAUCCUACUGCAUUAUAUAUGUUUUCUGUUUCACAAAGAAUAUGUAUACAAGUUAUUUCCAACAUGUUUACACAUGUGUCUUGAAUAGAUACCUUGUGUAAUAAAUAAAGAUGAUUGUGCUUUAAGAAUUGCUCAGUUUUGUUUAUUGGCCUUAGAUGUAGUCUUGGCUGUAUUGAAUUGCUGGUGGUAUGGUGGUGUGUGUGUUGGUGUUCAGUGAUUAUGUGCGCAUGCAAUGCCCCAUAAAUAAAGUGUGAUUGUGAUGUAAAUUCCCAUCAUGCUCCCCACCCCCCUCCCUUGCCUUCCCUAAAUAUAGUCGAAUCUUACUUGUUUUCAAGUCUGCAGCCGCUGCCUCUGACAAUGAUCUGUUUACUUGGCUGACAUCAUCAGAAGCUAUUUUCGGAACAAUCACAAUGCUUUCAAAUAGGAUUGGCUGAGACUGUCAAGGAGGCAGAUCAGGGGCAGAGCCAGCACAAGCCAAACACAGUCCUGGCCAAUCAGCAUCUGAAUCAAUGCAUCUCUAUGAGGAAGGUUCAGUGUUUCCAUACAGAGGGUGGAGACACUGAAUGUCAGUGCUGCACACUGUGUAGCACUGCCCCAGGAAGCACCUUUAGCAGCCAUCUGAGGAAUGGCCAGGUAUCACUAGGCUGUAAUGUAAACACUGCACUUUCUCUGAAAAGACAGAAUUUACUGCACAAAGCCUGAAGGGAAUUAUUCUAUUCACCAGCACAUAUACAAUAAGCUGUAGUUGUUCUGGUGACUAUAGUGUCCCUUUAAACUCUGUUGCUCUCCCUUCUUCAAAGGCUGAACAUUUAACAUCUUAGAGGCACCAGUGUCACUAGAGGAGGUAACUUAAAUUGUGCAAUCGCUCACAUCCCAUAAAUGCCUUAGUCCCAAUGGAUUUUGCAACAGAGCAAAAAAGUGGACUGUUGCUUUCUCUACAUGCAGAGAAAGCCUUUAAUAACCUUAAUUGGGAGUUUCUUGAAGUGGUCCCACUAACUUUCUUUCAAGAACUAAAAUAUUCUACAACACUCAGACAGCCCGGAUUCUUAAUGAUGGGUUAAUAUCAGACUCUUUUGGUAUUCUAAGUGGAACGAGACAGGGGUGCCCACUGUCAGGGCCGGCCUUAGGCAAUUAGGCGCCCUGUGCAAAAAGUCUUCACGGCGCCCCCCCCCACCUCCCACCAAGUUGCCUGAAUACAGUAACACACACAGGCACCGGGGACGUGUGUAUCACGAGGCAAACAAGGCAUCUGCCUUGGGCGCCACUUUGCAGGGGGCAGCAAAAAAAAGCAUCCCUCCAAACCCCCAGGCAGAUCCCUUGCUUGCCUCGCAUCCUGGGGGGCUCAAGAGCUGACCGGCUGGCCACUUUUGAGCCCCCCCAAGGCUGGCAGCGGGCAGCGAAGGAGCAUACUCACCUGAGCUCUUCCUACUCAGCUUCCUCUGCGCCGCUUAAUGAAGCCGGGAGCCAGAAUAUGACGUCAGUCCGGCUCCCGGCAUCACUAAGCGCUGCUUACUCAGCCUGUGCGCCCCCUGCCUGCCUGCCCAGCAGCCACACUGGACUGCUGGUAAGAAAUCCACUCCAGCUUCCCCAGGGAGGCUGGGUGGAUUUAAAAUAAAUGUAAAAAAUAUUAGUUUGUGAGUGUUAGUGGAAAUGUCUGUGUGUGUGUCUGUGAGUGUUUAUUUUGAAGUGAAUGUGUGUGUGUGUGUGUGUGUGUGUCUGUAAGUGUGUAAUUGUGUGUGUCUGUAAGUGUGUAAUUGUGUGUGUCUGUAAGUGAAUGUGUGUGUUGGUCAGUGAGUGUAUAUGUGUCAGUCAGUGAGUGUGUAUGUGUCAGUCAGUGAGUGUGUAUGUGUCGUCAGUGAGUGUGUAUGUGUCGUCAGUGAGUGUGUAUGUGUCAGUCAGUGAGUGUGUAUGUGUCGUCAGUGAGUGUGUAUGUGUCGUCAGUGAGUGUGCGCCUGUCAGUGAGUGAGCGUCUGUCAGUCAAAGUGCGGCCUUGACAGGAAGGGGUGGGGGAAAUUUAAACUCGGUUACAGGCAUGUACACACACACUCAGUUAAAGGCAGUCACACAUACAGGCACAGGCACAAACAAUGGCACAGCUACAGUGACACACACAGACAGUCACAUAGGCAGUCACACACACAGACAGACACACAGUAACACACACAUAGACAGUUAUACACACACAGGCAGGCAGUCACACAGAUAGAAAGUCACACACACAGGCAGGCAGUCACACACAGACAGUUACAGACAGACACACACAGGCAGGCAGGCAGUCACAUACAGGCAGUCACACACACACAGGCAGUCACACACACGGGCAGUCACACACACGGGCAGUCACACAGACAGACAGUCACACAGACAGACAGUCACACAGACAGACAGUCACACACACAGGCAGUCACACACAUGGGCAGUCACACACAUGGGCAGUCACACAGACAGACAGUCACACACACAGACAGUCACACACAGGCAGGCAGUCACACACAGAGACAGUCACACACACACACACAGAGACAGACAGUCACACGCACACAGGCAGGCAGUCACACAGACAGACAGUCACACACACACACAGACAGUCACACAAACAGGCAAACAGUCACACACACACACUUACCUCUUUCCAGUGGAUGCAGUUGGCUGAUGGGGAAGCAUCUUUCCCUCUUCCUGUACAGCAGGGGCUUCGGGAGGUAUUAGCCCCGUCUCCGCCUCUCGAUAAGCCCCGCCUCCGCCGCUCGGUAAACCCCGCCCCCUCUGCCGCGAUUUUUUUUUUUUUUUUUUAAAUAGACCCGGGUGGAGAACAAUUAAUCCUCCAGCCAGGUACCUCUUUUAGCUCCCCUGCACUCCGGCCAUGAGUGAGCUGUGUCGGCCACAGGGCGCCCCCUGUUCCAUGGCGCCCUGUGCGGUCGCACAGCUCGCACACCCCUAAGGCCGGCCCUGCCCACUGUCCCUACUUUUAUUUGCAUUGGCACUUGAACCACUGGAAUCCUCCAUAAGGGCAAACAACUCAAUUCACGAGGUAGAAGUAGUUGAGAGUGAAUACAAACUGAACCCUUUUUGCAGACGAUGUACUUCUUACUCUCACGCAGCAAAUUAUCUUGACUAUAGCUCACACUUUUACUAUAAGCUAAACAUUUUUAAGACCCACGCAGUAAGCUUUGGUGAAUCAUUUCUAGUUUGAAAGAGCUGUUCCAAUUCAUUUGGAGGUCUGAUUACUUUAUUUAUCGGGACAUUAAGAUCACUAAGAAAUCUUACAGCCCUAUUUUGCCACAACAAUAUUAAAGUAUUUAAGGAAUUUGCAGACACCCUCCAGAAAAUUUCAUUCUUGGAUAGGGCAAAUAGCAGCCAUCAAAAUGUCUUUAUUGUCUAAACUCCAACACAUUGCAGAAUCCAAUACCGAAAGAAUAUAUACACAAUUUACAAUACAUCUUUGUUAGAUUUGUAUGUAACAAUAAAAAAGCAAGAAUAGCCCCUCAUAUUAUACAGAGACUGGUGGAGAGAGGGGGAUUGGACUUUCCACCAGCAGUGGGUGUAUAUAGAAUCACAUUGGAAGCUACCUUGGGAGCUGGUUUAUUUGAUUUGAGUGCCAAAACAGAUAAAGCUGUUUUACCUACAUAUAUUGCCACCCACUAAGUUGCUGCUUGACUUUCGGUAUCUGGGUGGGCCUUCCUUAUGCGGCUUCUCCCCUAUCUUUGGCAUCACUGAUAGAUUCCCUUCCCUUAGGGAUAUCAAACUUUAAUUGCAAAUGCUUGGCUGGUUUGCGGCUCUAGGUCACUUUGUAGGAUUUGAUAUGUACGUGAUCCAUGGCAUCCGCAAAGGGAAACACUUGCUUCUCCAUGUAGUAUAGCCUAUCUACCAUAUCUCUGUCUUUUUCCAGAGAAGUAUUAUCAAGGCGUUUGCUGUAUUGAGUAGGUGUCUAAUAAUGCUUUUUUGUACUUUGCUAUGGGAAGAGGUAUUUGAUGUAACAACAUGAAUUCAGGGGUCAACUUGGAUAUUUCGCUGGACACAUUUACAGUAAGGGGUUUUAUCUUAGGACAAGACCAUAAAAUAUGCAAAAAAAGAGCCCUCAUAAACCUGACAUCACCAGCAUGUAACAGGGGUCGAUGGGGCAAACGUAUUCAAUUCCACUGUGGUCCUAUACCAUCUUGUUAACAAUUUGUCAUUAAUUUUCUGGAUCUUUGAGUCUAUAGAGGUUGUGUACCAACAGGAAAAUGCUUUCCCUCACAGGCGACUGUAAACCACAGGGGUGGAGUCUGCACAUCAUUCAAGAGAAGUCUGUACAAGAAGGAAAUGCUUAGAUGUUAGAUGUUUCCCUGCGAGGUAUAAUUGUACAAAACCUGUAAGUGGUUAAAGUCUGAUAGUGUUGCAACUGGAAAAAUAAAAAAUGAUAAAGAGUCGGUACUCUUCCCUGCAGAAGGGAGUUAACUGGAAAUAAUUUCUCUUCAGAAAAGACAUCUCUCAGCUGAGGGAUGUUUCCUGCCUCGCCCUGCAUCUGCAGCUCAGGAGACAACCACUCCAGUGUGUUCAGGUUAUGAGCCAGCAGUGAAAUUCAGGAUUGCAUUACGAAAAGUAAGAGUUCAUCAGCAUACGCCGCUUCCUUAUGUGUGUGUCUCCGCCCUUCAAAUCCCCUGAUGUCAAAUGGCUUCCAGAAAUGUCUAGAAAAAGAAGACAAAAGUAGUGGGGACAGGGAACAACCCUGUCUCAUGCCAUUACGUAUGGAUACUGGGCUCAAGAGGGCUCCAUUAAUUUGAGCUGUUAAGGUGGUAUAUAGGGAUCCAAACAGAACCCUCAUGGGUGGCCAAAACCCAUUUUUUCAAACGUGACCAUCAGAAAUUCCCAGUCGCCUCAGUCAAACGCCUUCUCAGGGGACUGAGGGAGUCUCUACUGUAACUCUUCCAAACAUUUUGUAAUAGCGAAGGGGCAAGCCAUCUGGACCUGGGGCUUAAUUAGAUUGGGUAGACUUGAUGGUGUAUCUUUUAUGUUUUAGCUUCCUCUUGUAAAGCCAUUUGCGUACCCUACAAGUUGUAUACAGAUGAGUGAUUGGAGUGAAACUCCGUUGAUAUAUCAUCUGGAUGGCACACAUCCCCGGAUGAGUGUUUGGAAAUUCUACUAAAGUCUACUAAUAAAAUAUUCAAGCUGGUAGGUGGAAACAUUUGUUUGAAUGCUCGUAGAAAAAACAAAUUUGAUUUGAUUUACGAAGAGUCAGCAAAUGUUUCUAUGUCAAUAGUGUGUUUAGUUUAUGUCUUUCAUCCAAUAGCUCUUUAUAGACACUGUCUGACUGGGAGUUCUUAUGGGAAGUGUCUAUUGCUUCUAUUUGUGCAAGCAACUCUGAUAAUUGUCUGUUUCUUUGCGUGUGUACACAUUUUAAUAAAAUAUCUCAGCUGGAACCUGGCAAAUUUUUCAAAUAUCUUGCUUGAGAUAGAGAAUAAGGAUAUACCUUUAUAGUUACCAAAGACCUGCAGAUGUACAAUGGAGGCAUCUUUGAACCAGGAGAGGAACCGUCUACUGUUGCCACAUGAGUAGAAACAUCUGAUUGAGCCUUUCAGUCAGAGCAGUGCCACCUUCUUUGUAGACCUCACCUGGGAUUAAAUCAAAGUCAGAAGCUUUGCCACUGGAGAAGAGAUGGAUUAAAACACUAUACUAUUUGUACUAAUGCAUUGCCUACGUAUGAUGUACAGUUGUUUGUAUUUGUAGAAGGCACUCGAGUUAUGUGUAACUAUGCAAACUGUACAUUGUUGAAUGAACAAGAACAAAUACAUUUAAUAAAAGUUGUCAAAUAAAAAAAAGGCAAAACACUGCACUGAGCACUGCUGCCUUGACGAUGUUGCAGAAGAUGUCACAUUGGUGACUGGUGCAGAGGGAGUAGGUAGCCAGAUGGGCAAAAUCUUGCAGUGCUUGCAGUGCUGUCUGCAUUCCACCGCCAAACUAUUUCUGUACUGGGCAAUUGCACAGGCUGCACACACACCUAUGCUCAGCUCUUCCAAUACCUCUCUAAAAUAAAAAGAAAAUCUAUGUCUGUCUGUCUGCCUGUCUGUCUCUCUGCCUGCCUGUCUGUUUGUCUAUCUAUCUAUCUAGUGUAGUUGUUAACAUGCAUCCUAAACUGCUCUCUUUCUUCUGAUGUUGUGCCAGCUCCCCUUAAACAUGCUACUGUUGUACCUGUCUGUCACAGUAGUGUACCCCAACACGCAAGAUUUAGUCCAACAAGAGACAAUAUAAAAAAAGAUACGUCUUACUGGGCCUUAGAAUGGCCAGACUCAACAUAGUACAGAGAAUUGACAGAGACAGGAACGAGCCGAGGUCAAGGGAACAGAGAGACAGAGAAAACAAGAACUUAGCCAAGGACUGGUACACAGGAGUCAGGAAACCGGCAAACAAGACAAAGCAGGGAUAAAGAGAAAAACGGAGUCAGGUACAAAGCCAAGGUCAAGCACGAAAAAAAACACUACUGGACGAAACAAGCACUAAAGGGAACUGAGGCAGAAACCACGAUAGGGCAGGGAGCUAAGGGAAAGGUGAGUAUAAAUACCAUUGAGUUUCAUUUGAUUUGCCCCUGUCAUAUUCACGCCCCCAAAACGUGAGUGUAUGGGGAAUGUGAAAUGACAUGGGCCAAUGGGAGACCGUUUUACAUUUUGGCUCCCACUGUCCCUUUAAAAGCGCGCUUGAGACGCGCGGCGUGCUCCCAGAGCCAGACGAGUCACGUGGCCGCGUCUCGCGUUCGGUGCACACCUUCCGGAUCUCCCCGCUGGACGAGCCACAUGCGGCUCGUGCAGAUGCAGGACCGCGCGCGGCGGGGACAGAGGAUUUCGGCCAGCCCCCGGAGAGGGUAAGUACCAAUACACUGUCCUCAAAAAGUCAUCUUUUGAACUUUCCCUUCCAACUAUCAUCCCAUAUCCCUGCUCCCUUUUUCCUCAAAGCUUUUGGAAAGACUUGUCUUUACCCAUCUGUCUUGCUUCCUCAACUCCAAUCUCUCUAAAACUGAGUUUCUUAUUUUUCCUCCUCACAACACUGAUCCUCCUCCUUCACUCUCCCUGCAGGUUGACAGUACCUGCCUUACCCCAUCCUUUCAAGCUCGCUGUCUUGGUGCCAUUUUUUAUUCUGGCCUCACCUUUACGCCUCAUGUUCAGUCUGUUGCUAAAACCUGUCAAUUCCAGCUUAAAAACAUUGCCCGAAUACGUCCUUUUCUUAUGCAAGAUGCUGCCAAGGAGCUUGUUCGUGCUCUAGUAAUCUCUCGCAUGGAUUACUGUAAUUCUCUCCUAACUGGUCUCCCCAGAAGCCAUACUGCCCCCCUACAAUCUGUUAUGAAUGCUGCUGCCAGGAUGAUCUUUCUCUCCUGUCGCUCCUCUCACACCUUACCCUACUGUAGAUCCUUAACCUGGCUUCCUGUACCCCAGAUAUGUCAAUUUAAAAUACUAACCCUUACCUAUAAAGCUCUAACCAACUCUAGCCCCUCUUAUAUUUCUUCACUGAUCAUAGGUAUGGCCCUUCUCGGUCUCUCCGCACUACUGGUGACCUUCUCCUUUCUGCUUCUCGCACCCUUACUGCAAAUUCAUGCUUGCAAGAAUUCUCACAGGCGGCUCCUUUCCUUUGGAACAGCCUGCCUACCCCUGUCAGACUCUCCCCUAGUCUUCAAUCCUUUAAGAAGUCCCUCAAAACCCAUCUUUUCAGGAUUGCUUAUGGCCUCCAGGAGUAACUUCUAAUUCUCAAACCUUCCUGUUGCGCUCUCCUAAAGAGCCAUCUCCACUCUCACUUCCAGUUCUGUCACUUUCCCACCAUGUCUUAUUGCUGUCUCACUCAAUACCCUUCCUAUUGUGUUUUUAUACCCCACCUCCUCUAGACUGUAAGCUCGUUUGAGCAGGGUCCUUAACUACCUAUUGUUCCUGUUACAUUUUGUUAUUGUCUCAUUUGGUAAAUCCCCAUCUUAUUGUAAAGCGCUGAGGAAUAACCUGGCGCCAUAUAAAUACUAAUAAUAAUAAUAAUAAUAAUCAUCAUCAUCAAUCUAUCUGUCUGUCUGCCUGUCUGUCUGUUUAUUUAUAAUUAUUAUUAUUAUUAUUAGCAUAUAUACAGCACUAACAUUUUGUGCACUGCUUUACAAUUAUAGAAAGAAGAAUUUGGAUGUGAUGAAGUACCUAUUCAAAUGAGCUAACAAUCCAUGAAGUUUGUCUAUGGUGACAAGUUGAUGAGAUAAACUGAACUUUAACAGUCAGUCUCACAGUUUGCUAAAUUUCUGGCAAAACAAUUACAUAUGUAUCUUCUAAUUCCACGCACAUACACUGUCAAAUACAGAUUUUCAGAAUAAAUGUUUCCAGUUUGCACACAAUAGACAACUUCGAUGAUUGAAAUCACAUCUUCUAUACAUAAAGCAAAACAGAAAUUCAGGGGUGCUAAUAUGAGCCCUUGUUCCCUAUGUUAAAAUCAUAAAAUAUGCAUGCAUACAUAUUUCAUUUCACACGUUUGUAGUGUGUAUAUGAAGGCUAUGGAUAUGAAGACACUCUCUUUUCCUUGUUGAUUAUGAUCAUAAUAAUAUUAUUUUUAGAUUUUCAAGGCCUGAGUGCUGCCACAGUGAAACAAUCUUUCUACAGUAAAAAGCACAAAAGUGGGCACUUUUUUAAGUAAUUUAAAUCAAAGGUGAAAUACUUUUAAUCCAUGAAUAACAUCACACUGUUCAUCAUCAAUAUUUCGGAACUGAGAAUGGUCCUUUCUCAAGAUCCUUUCUUAAGUUCUCAAGAUUUAAAUCUUUGAUUCAAGGUCCUGUGAGUGCCAAAUUUCUUAAUUUCUAAUAUAUAUAUAUAUAUAUAUAUAUACCAAAAAUACAAGUAGCUCCUGCACUCACGCUCCAAUGUCCCUUAAUGGCCGGGUGCCAACCAAAGACAGCUUCAAUAUCCAAGAAAAUCCAAAUGUAUGGCUGCACUCACGGUUUAAAAGUCCAAAGUUUAAUGAAAAAACGGUUUAAAACAUCAAGUGAUCAACGUUUCAGUCAUAUAAGACUCUCAUCAGGAGUAUAUAUAUAUAUAUAUAUACUCACUACAAAUGUGUGAAAUUAAAUAGUGCUUCACAUUUAACAAAAUAUGACAGAAAAUUACUUAUUUCUACAUAUUUUAAGUUAAGAACUGCAACAAGUGCAUGGGUGGGAUCGUUUUCCUAACCCACACGAUUAUUUCCUUUUAGUUAAAGACAGGUGCGAUUCUAAAUACAUGCACAGUUCUAAAUACAGGCACAAAAUGAAAGGGGUAGUGAUAUGAAAAUGAGUUAUGGGUGGGUCCCACUAUUCAUUUAUACUGCUAUUAACCACAAUCUGUUUUCUGAAAUUAUCUCCUGAAUUGUGUUUAUUCCACUAUAUGCUAUGUUGUUUCUUUUUAUUUUAAAACGAAAACCCUAAAAAGACAAGGAGGAAAACUCUUAGUGUGUAGACGGGGUAAAUGAUAUAAAGAACAACCAGCUCUAUAUAACAAUCAAAAUAGCAUAAAGACUUCACAAAGACCCAAGUGCAAGUAGGAAGGUUGACACUUUUUGUGUUUGAUGGGUAAAUAAAGCAUCGGUUAAAAAUAUAAAACUAUAAUGGUGGGCAGAUGAAUAUUUAUUUUGAAUAUAUUAAGAGUUCUGGAACAGAGACCCUUAUUCAUGAGUGCCUACACAUAAAUGAGAAAAAUAAAUUAGCAAUUUAAAUUAGCACUAGCACUACAAGGCACCCAGACGUUUCUCUAGUAAAGUUUGAAUUGUUGGGAUUGGGAAUUGAAAUCUGAAUGUCAACAUUUAGGCUACACUAUCCAGGCUCAGAUUAUAGCUGAGUUUUUUUGUUUUUUUUAAUCAGCUAUUUAGGUGUAAAUGUUGCCACGUGCUUAGCAAUUUGCUCAAAUUCUCUAUUAAGUGAAUAGAACGCAGGCUAAUUCAAAAAAUGAUGAAAAAUUGGUUGUUGAAAAAUUUAGCCUAAAAUAGCAAAGUAUGGAUAAAUAUUCAGAAUUGAUAAAUAUUCAGAUUUUUUACUAAAUUAGGUACUUUCCUGUUUAGUUCCUGAUUGUUAAUGUUUUAAUAAACCCAAUAGACUUUUUUGAUAAACUACUUGAACUAGCAGAAAGUCCAUAAAAAGUGUGUUGUGGUAAUCUGAAAGGCAAAUACCUAAUUUGAAACUAAAAUAGCCAGGCUGUGGUUAUCACAAAAUUCUUCAGAAUCAGCUAUUUUUGCCUUCAUUCUGCAAUUUAAUUUUGAGUUUGCUAUAACUAAAUUAAUUCUUCAGUGAAUAAAUCCAAGGUGUGAAGUAAUAAUUCUGCACGUUCUGAAACUAAUAUUUUCAUUAAGCAGCUGAAAUUAAUUUAUCUUCCAAGCUGUAUGAAUAAUGGGUGAAUGUUUGCAAAAGUACAGCAACGUGUUAAAAUUAAGAUUGAUGCAGUAGAAUAAAAUGGCCAAAUUAAACAUAAUUUAAACUUUUCUCUUUAGUUAAUUCACUUGGCAAAUGGGCUGUCAAUUCAACACAAUUCAUCGUUUAGUGCAUAAAUCAGUGUUUGAAGGUGGGGCUUACAGAAUAUUGAUACUCAAUGGUGUUAGUUGAUAAAAUUAUCCUGCUUAAUGAAUAAGGCAGGUGUGAUUGAUCAGCCUGAUGAUUUGGUCCAUCAUUAAGAAAGUAUGUUGGAAAAGGAGAUGAUCCAGGAAGCCUUUCACAAUUGAUGUUAAUAAUAUGAAACUGUGAUUUAUACACAGGAUUACACAGGAUUUACAUUUGCAAGUAUUUGGCAUGAAGGAUUCUCAGCUGUGACGUGUGUUUAAAAGGUUACCUUAAGCACCCUGAAAAUGAUGCUGAUAGUAUGGGUUAUGGUGCGCAUAGUUCUCUAGUCACUGUGUCUCUGGCCAGUGGCGAAACUAAUGUAAAGAGGGCCUUGGUACAAAAAUAAUUUCUUUUUGGGUCCCUCUAGUGCAAGCAUGGCCGAAAGGUAGAUCCCUAUCUGUCGUACAACUCCCCCAAUGCUUUUUGAGCUGUGGAUCUACCAUGUGUACGGUUGCUAUUUGAAAGCAGUGGUAUACUUGUGUUUAGUGUUUGCGUUUCAAUGUGUGUAUAUGUCACAGAUGCACACGUACACACACAGAUGCACACAUAUGUACACACUGACACACAUACACACGCAGAUAAAACAUAUACACACACUGAUACAUAUACACGCAGAUAAAACAUAUACACACACUGAUACAUACACACAUAGACACACACACAGAUAACAGAUGUACACAUAUAUACACAAACAGAUAACACACCAUGUUCACACAUGGAUAACACAUAUACACAAUGAUCACAUUUAUAUAUUUUUGCCACCCCCUGUUUCCAUACCUUUUUGGUGCUGGAGGGUGGCAUCCUUCGGGUCCAGUGGAAUCUGGAUGAGUCUGAUGGUAGUCUGGUUCAGGCUUUGGUUCUCCCCUCUCUCCCUCUCCAUCGCGCUUUGUUGGUAAGCUUGGCAUUCCUUGGCAUUCCCCAGCACUGUGGCUUCACACUGAGGAGGGGACCCAGUCACGCUGUCAAAGGCCAAAGUGCAUGACCUGGCCUCUGAUCAAUGAUGGCCAUGUGAUGGGCCCCUUGAGCAUGCAUGCACUCUCUCUCGCUGCCUGUCUCUCUACACCUUUCACCCCCUUUUAUGCACCUCCUUCCCUCUCUACCCCCUUUGUGUCUUUCCAUACCCCAAGCAAACCCUUUUGAUUUCUGUUCUAACCCCCUCACCCUCAUUUGUGUCGCUCUAUACCCCUACAAUCUGUGCCUCUUCAUAUUUCCUUGUUGGCCAUUAGAUGACUCAAUUACCUCUUAUGUGUCUCUCCUUUUUACAUAACCUUAGUUUGUUCCCUUUCUUUCCCAAUUACAAUAUGCUGUGUCUCCCCUUACAUUUCACCAUCUUGUGUGUUUUCCUUAGUGUCCCCCCACUUACUUGGUCCCAGAUAAUUAAAGGACCACUAUAGUCACCCAGACCACUUCAGCUCAAUGAAGUGGUCUGGUUGCCAGAUCCCUCUAGGGCUAACCCUGUCUGCUGGGGGUUUUAACCCCUUCAGCACCACGGAAGGGGGACCCUUAGGGUGGGGGCACCCUCAGGGUACUAUAGUGUAACACUAUAGUGUUAUGAACCCACACAUGGUGAACUUGCCUAAUAAAGAAUUACUUGUGACUGUUCUUCUCUGCUUUGUGUAUGAUGUCUUACUAAUAUAUUGUUAUGCAAAAAUAUCAAUAAACAUCUAAAAAAUAAAUGUAAAAAAUGGGGGGGGGAGGGCGGGGGUUGGAUGAAGACAUAAUGGUACUAUAACCCGGACAGCGACUGUUAUGUUUAAAGUGCUUGGAGUGUUUAUUUAACUAACUGUAUUCAACAUUUAAUGCAUUUUCUGUGUUCUUGGAAGACUGGUGGAGCAUUUAACCCCUUAAGGACCAAACUUCAGGAAUGAAAGGGAAUCAUGAAAUGUCACACAGCAUGUGUCCUUAAGGGGUUAAAUGGCAUAAAACAAUGUUUACUAGAUUUUUUAAUAUAAAUAUAUUGUCCCUUUAAUGAAAACAUAUGAUGGAUGUAUUGUGAUUGAUUUCUAAAAAUAGGAAUUUUUUUUUUCUUCCUCAGAGAACAAUGAAGUUUGUGGCAUUGGUCUCGAGCUUUGUACUGCUCCAUGUCUCCUGGACAUCUGGAAAGACAGAACAUAGACCUCAGAAAGGUAUCAAACUCCAAUCAAAAGGGACAGUCUGCAUGUGACGUUACACACAGUGGUUGGGUGGGAGUUUCUGAUAAUAGGAACUAGAAAAUCUUUGUAUUAAAAACAAAUGGCAUAAUGAGAACAUUCUUCUCAGAUUAAACAUCUACUGUUUAGUAUUAGGGCUUCUAAAUAUCCCAUUCUGAAAAACAACAUAAUUGUUUUUGAAAAUCUUAAAAGGUUACUCCAAGCAUUAUAAGCACUGCAGCCCGCUGUAGUGGCUAUAAUGUGAGGUGUUUCCUGGCCUCAGUUCUUUGGGGCAAACCAUUUAGCGAGGCUUCCUGGUGGUUUGGUGAUAUGCUUCUGCUUAUGCAGUGCUGCAGAUUCCGAUGCCAUUGCUAUUCAUUAGCUGAGAGUAGACAUGCGCAAUUCGUUUCGGUCCGAAUUUAAAUUCAGCCGAAUUUUGGCAAUUCGCAUGCUUCAAAAUGUCCGAAUUGCCGAGGUGCCCAAUUUCAGAAGUGCCGGAUUUCCGAAGAACCGAACCGAAUUGCCGAAGUCCAGAAUUGCCGAAGUCCCGAAUUUCGGAAGUUCCGAACCGAACCGAAUUGCAGAAGUGCCAUUCGAAGUGGAUUUCUGAAAAGAGGCAAAACAGGAGAGGGAGGUAAAAUUAAAGGAAUGAUGACAGGAAUCUAAUCUUACUCUUAACCCUAGCCCUAACCCUAACCCUUACUCUAACCCUACCUCUACCUCUACCCCUACCCCUUACCCUACCCCUAGUAGGGUUAGGGGUAGGGUUAGGGUAGGGUAAGGAUUAGGGGUAUGGUUAAGGAUAGAGGUAGGGUUAGGAUUAACGAUAGAGGUAGGGUUAGGGGUAGGGUUAGGAGUAGGGUAAGGGUUAGUGGUAGGGUUAGGGAUAAAGGUAGGGUUAGGGGUAUGGGUAGGAUUAGGGUUAGGGGUAGGGUUAGGGGUAGAAGUAGGGUUAGGGUAAGGGUUAGGGGUAGGGUUAGUGUAAGCGAUAGAGGUAGGGGUAGGGGUAGGGUUAGAGUAAGGGUUAGGGAUAGAGGUAGGGUUAGGGGUAGGGUUAUGGUAAGGGUUAGGGUUAGGGAAUUGCCAAAGUCUCGAAUUCCCAGAGUCCCGAAUUUCGGAAGUGCUGAGUUGCCGAAGUGCCGAAUUUUGGAGGUCCCGUAUUGCCGAAGUCCGAAUUUAGGAAUUCCCGAACCGAACCAAGUUUUUUGCCCAUGCACAUCCCUAGCUAAGAGCUUUCAGCCAAUGAAUGACAUUUUGAGCAAUGUCGGGGCUGGCUGAUGACAUGCCAGUGAUGCUCCUGAAAGUGGACUUACAACUCUGGCAGCAGAGGAGUUAAACUCUGUACAUGCAGCGUUUCAAAGCAAAACACUGCACAUAUAGACUCAAAUCACCAUAACCACUUCAAAUCACUACAGUGGUCAUACUGUUUACAGUACCCUUCCUUUCUGAAGACAGCAUUUGCCCUUGUGUUUAAUGUUUGAGUUCUCUGACAGCAUCUUUAUCAUUCCUAAACACUUGUUUGCCAGUAGAUUUUGGGGAGGGAUCAAUAAUUCACACAGAAGUCUGUGUCAUUCAUCCCUCCUAGUCCUGUGUUAAAACAGACGUACUGACCUCUAAUUUCCCAAUGGAGCUAGUGACAUUGGCUUGGUUAGUGGAGAUAUUCUCCAUGACCCUGCCAACCUCUGGCAAGUAGGCAUAUGCAAGGAGUGUAAACUAAACAAAAGAGGAGAUAAGGUUGCGCCAGAACAGUAUAAACAAAAGUAUAGUUACAGAUAUAUGGAAAUGUCCAAUAUAAAAAUAAUAAUAAAAAGUCCAAUAAAAAUCCCAAUAAAACCUGCCAGAAGAUAUAGCCUUAAAUAUGACUGGAAUAAAUCUUCUAAAACAGUGUCAGAUCAGGCUAUUCAUCCAUAUGUAAAAACAAAAGGAAAGACUGAUUAUGCAAUAUAUCCCAGAAAUAGAUCAUUCCAGUAUAAAAGGUCUAAUAUAGUGCUACUCACGUUUUGUAGAGCUUAUAACCAGCUCGCAUAUGAAUAGCAUGCAGUGAUACAAUCCCCACUUAGGGAUAUGUGAUGAUAUGUUGUUAGGUAGAUGUUUCAUCAAUAUGUAGACCAUAAAAGAAAUUUAAAAGAGACAACAAAAAUGUGUGAAAAAAAUUCCAGGAGAAUGAAAUAAUAAAUAGUUACUCACAUUUAGUAGAGCAGACAAACUGUUCGCUGUAUAGGGCGUAAGUGGUAUAAUCCCCAUUCUUUAGGAGCAGUCCUCACUGGAACAUAAAAUAGAUGCCCAGUAGAAAAUAGAAAACAAAUAAAAAAGCAAAAUGGCACACUCACAAAUGGAAGAAGCCAAAAUACCUUUAUUAAAACAAUAUAAAAUAUCCACAGCAGUAUAAAAUAUCGACAUAGCAGUAUAAAAUAUAUUUGUUCUUUUAUUUUCUACCUGGCAUCCAUUUUAUGUUCCAUUGAGGACUACUCCUAAAGAAUCCAAGGUGGGGAUUAUACCACUGACUCCCUAUACAGUGAGCAGUUUGUCUGCUCUACUAAAUGUGAGUAACCAUUUUUCAUUUAAUUCAUCUGGCAUUCAUUUUACACAGUGAGCACUAUUGUUGUCUCUUUUAAAUUUAUUUUAUGGUCUACAUAUUGAUUCAACAUCUGCCUAACAUAUCAUCACAUAUCCCUAAGUGGGGAUUGUACCACUGCAAACUAUUCAUACAAGAGCUGGUUAUAAGCUAGAGUAGGACUAUAUUAGACCUUUUAUACUGAAAUUAUCUAUUUCUGGGAUCAGUCUUUCCUUUUAUUUUUACAUAUGAAUGAAUACUCUGAUCGGACACUGUUUUAGAAGAAUUAUUCUGGACAUAUAUCUUCUGGCAAGUUUUAUUGGGACUCUUAUUGGGCUUUUUAUUAUUUUUAUAUUGGACUUUUUCAUAUAUUUGUAACUAUACUUUGUUUAUACUGUUUUGGCGCAACGUUACCUCCUCUUUUGUUUAAUUUUUACUUACUUGUGGGGCUUAGAGGGAGUCCUAUCAUUUAGGAGUGUUGCCUCGUUUGCAUAUAUUCUAGAUUUUGUGUUUGGUUUUAGAGCGCUGAUUCUUUUCCAUUUAGUAUAUGCAAGGGGUGUGCCAGGUAUGCCCAAGCACAUCAUAGGUCAAAUUGGCCUCCCUCUACCCCUGUUUAGGUCUCAAGGCACUUUUGCAUAAGUUUGAAAUAGAAUGUCAAAUUUUAAAAUAAAAAAAAUAAUGGCAAUCUGUAUACACCUAGUUUGUAGCGAAUAUGUGUACUUUGUGCCUACUUUUUAAAAUUAAUAGUUUUGAUGUGACGUUUUCUCUGGAUGCACAUCCUAAUAUAAUGUGUCUAUGAGCAUGUUCAUGAGUAUGAUAAACUGAAUACAACUCCCAAGGUGACAGUACAUUGUACAUUGUGACAUUGCAACUAUUGUUCCUGAAUACCGGAGCAUGACUCAACUCCAAGCAGAAGUGAAUAACUGAGCAUGUGACAAAGUGAAAGCAGAAACAUUUUGGGAAUAUAAAGCAGAACUAGGCUGUAAUAUACCCUUUUCAUAUAUAGAACUAUUUAAAUUGCAAUAAUAAUAAUAAUAAUAAUAAUAAUAAUAAAAUGGAAUUCCUUCCAUGAAUGGUUUGAGACCCAGAGUGUGUGGCACAUGCUGUCGGUUUUUAUUGUACAACCCCAGUUUCUCAGAAACCAAAAUAAAUACAAACUAAAAGGGGAAAUCCAUGCAGUUCAGUAAACCACAGAGAGUAGGCACAGAAUAGUGGUAGACGAAGGGCAGACGAGUGGGUGGAGAUAAUUGUGAGAACAAAGUUAAUAAGCUUGCAACAAACUAAAAACAAAACAAGAUUAGGAUGACGUGUGGUGGCGCAGGGCAAACUUACAUAUCUAUAGACUCUUACAGUGACAUGUGACAGUGAUGGAGAAUUAACAUAAGAUUUGCAAAUUUGGGGCAACAUUGUCUAGAGUAGACAGUAAAACUGUUGAAUUGGGCAGUUUUACCAAUUUGUCUAUUUUGUCUGAAACUUUGCAGUUUCACUGACAGUUCCCAGUUUAAAAAAUAACCAUGCAUUUCUAGUUAUAUUAUAAUUAAACAUUUACAAAGCAUGCCUUGGGAAAAGAGAGAUAACGAGCAUUCGUCACUCUUCCCAUCACAGUCUGUCAAAUGCAAUCAAGUCAUGUUUUACUUAUUACUACAUACACAGAAUGCAUGCUACAAAAUUCCAGAGAUCCAAUUAACUUACAAUGAAUUGUAUGUCAUUUGGCCAUGUUUGAAAUAUGCUAAUAUUUAUGUCUAAGUAUAGGUUGGGUGAUAUACUUGACUUUAGCUACAUUUAUACAAUGGGGCGUAUUCACUAAAAACUGAAUUGUGGUGAAUUGAAUACCGAAUUGUAAAAUUGAUGCUAAAAUCUUUUUUUUUUUUUUAUUAUCCAUUUUAGCAAUAAUCCCAACUGGGCUAUUUAAAAAAAAAACUGAAGAAAAAAAUGUGAUCUGCUCAGAUACAUUCAAUUCUAUGCAUGAUAACAUGUGUAUUUGGUUCUGUUCUGGCAUGAAAUAUCUUAGCCCAGCGCAAAUUAUAAGACACUGCCCAUGACUCAAUAUAUGCUUCUUUUGGUACAAACAGUAUUUGUAAGCAGGCAUGUAAAUUCACAAAAACCCCAAUCUUUCCUCCUGGCCAGGGCCGUCUUUAAUAUUGAUUGGACCCUGGGCAAGCAUCUGCUUGGGCCCCCUGGGCAUGCAAUCACUCCCUCCACCCCAACCUAGAGGCGAAACUAAUGUAGAGAGUGCCUUGGUGCAAAAAAAUAAUAAUUCAGGCCUGACCUGUAGCACAAGAGUAAAGAAAAGAUAGAUCCCCAUCUGUCAUACAACUCCUGCGAUGCUAUGCCAGGUGGGGAUCUACCAUCCUUGCAGGGUUGUAUUUUUGAGCAGUGUUUGUGCAAUUGAAUGUCAGCAUGUUAUUGUAUAGAGUGUAUGUGUGCAUGUAGGGGUGUAUUUGUAUGUACUGUUACCAUUGGAAUGCAGUGGUGUACUUGUGUGUAGUGUUUGCGUUUGAAUGCAGUAAUGUGUGAUUGUCUGUAGUGUUGGCUUUUAAAUGCAGGUGUACUUUUGUGUGUAGAGUUGGUGUUUGUAUAUAAUUUUAGCGUUUUAAUACAGGAAUGUGUUUGUUUGUAAUGUUUGUAUUUGCAUGCAGGGGGUUGUUUGGAUGUAGUGUUGUGUACAUUUGUGUGUAGUAUUGGUGUUUCAGCAAACUGGUGUGUUUGUAUGUAAUGUUUGUGUUUGCAGGGCUCUGUUUGCAUGUUGUGUGAUUUCUAUAACACAUAUUCACAUACACAUUAACACGCAGAUACACACAUAGGCACACUGACACAUGCUCACACCUUGACACAUACUGGCACAUACACACACACACUCAGAUACACACCCUUUGACACACAGAUACAAGCACUUUGAUACACACACACACUGGCACAUCCACACACAGAGGUACACACACACACUGACACAGGUAUGUACACACACACUCAGAUACACACAUACAUAAAGGUAUAAAUGCAGGGGUGUAUAUGUGUACAGUGCUAGAGAUGGAGUGUAUUUGUGUUGGCAUUAAAAUGCUGGGAUGUAUGCAUUACCACACACUCAGAUGCACACUUACACACACUGACACAUACAUACAUACACACACACACAAACACACACACAGGUACACAUACACACUGACACACAAGUACACAUACACAGGUAUACAUACACACAGAAACACUGACACACAGACAAACACAGCCAGAUACAAACACUGACACAAACACAGCCAGAUACACACAUUGACACAAACACAGCCAGAUACACACAAGGACAUAAACACAGCCAGAUACACACACACACAUAUGUGUACAUUUACAUAUUUUAAUCUCUGCCUUCUAGCAGCUCUUGGACAGCAACUCCCAGCAACCUUGGUCAUAAUAAUGUCUCAACUCUGUUCUUACAUACCCGGGUCCAGAAUUUGGCAAAAGUGACAUUUGGAAAUGGUAUACAGCCUUUGAUAACACUUGAUGCAAUAAUAUGUUAAAAUAAAUACUUUUAAAAUUUAUAUUUAAUAGGGAACUGUCAGGUUCUUCUAGGAUUUUUAACAUGUACUUAUUCCCUGUGUGUUACAUUACAAACACCAACACUUGAAUAAAAGUGAUAUCAGAAAUUAUCAAAACAAAAAACAAAACAUAUUUAGCCACCCUCCUGUCUCCUUACCUUUUGGGUACAGAAAGGUGGCUUCCCUGGGGUCCAGUGGGAGCUUGUUGGCCCAGGCUGAUGGGAGUCUGCCAUCAGCUUUCUCAGUCUCUCUCCCCAACAAUGCUUGCAUCCUCCUCCGUGUGGUGUGUGCCUCCUCCCCAGCGGCACUGAGGAGGAAGUGAUUUGACCUCACUUCCUCCCAGCAUGCCACGGAGAAGAAAAGGGAUCACAGGGCAGUGUGUGAGGGGCUAGCUGUGUGUUUGUAUUCAGCCAACCCCCAUAUUACAAGGGCCCGGUCCAAAGCAGUAUUAAAGGGCUGUGGCCCCUGAUUACCUCAGGUGCUGCAAGGGGCCCAUGGGGCAGCUGCCUUAGGGCCCCCAGGAGUAACUGGGCCCGGGGCAGCUGCCCCUUUUGCCCCUCCUUAAAGACGGCCCUGCUCCUGGCAGUUGGACUCCAUGAUGAAAUGAAAUUACUAAAAAGCCUUUAACUAAUAUUUUUUUAAUUUUGCAGACAUCUGUGAACCCACGGCAUCCUGUGCAGAGUGUAUUAUGUACAGUCCUAUCUGCGCCUGGUGUUCUGAUAAGGUCAGUAACUCCCACGUGCCAUAUACAUAUAUAGAUUCUGGUCUUUCCAAGUGCAUCUUAUGGCAUACCCCUGCUCCUUGCAGGGGGCAUUCUCUAUUGUAGUUAAUAAUAAUAUAAACAGGUGAAUAUGGUCUGGUGCGAUGUCCUUCACAACCUUCCAAUCAGUAUCAUAAAUAGCAAUAUUAUUGACACUUUUUGACUGUACCGGUUUGAUUUUCUAUGGUAAUGCGUUACAAAAUCAAACAGUCCUUUGUAUGUUGGUAGACAUGUGAAUAACAUUGAAUAGCUGAAAUUCUACAUCUAAAAACUUUCAACAUAUUUAAUUUCACAAAUGUAAAUUGUCCAUGUCAAACAUGUAUAAUAUUCAUUAAUAGGUUAAUACUCCUCACAAUUUUUAAAACUAUUGUCACCCAAUCAGUAGUGGCAGGAUAGUUGCCUGCACCACACCAUUUAGUUUAUCAUAGCUUCAUCCAUCAGAGGUUCCACUGAGUGUCUUUAGGCUGGAUUUUAGUUUAUCAGUGGAGUUAGCAUUAGUGAUAUAGGACUGAGGGUCUAUGUUCAAGUUUGGGGAUCCUGGCUGAAGAAACCUGACCUUUAGUCAACUAGACUACAAUGGAGAACAACCAGAGGAUUCAUAAGGCAGUGGCAUUGAUAGGGAGGGACUGACCUGGGAUGGAGCUAAUUUUUGCAAAUUGUCAUUGUUGGCGCAGAGUCCCUGUAACAUUGAGAAAUGUGUAAUAAAACCUCCAAUGACGCUAUUUGUCAGGGGGUGUAACAUAUAUGAAGUUAAUUGCACAGCACAGAAUGGGCAAAGAUUAACCAUAAGGUGACUUUAGUAACCACCUAUGGGGCACCACAUCCAUGGAUUUGCAUGGCCCCAUUCUUCAUUCCUAUGAGAACAAGGAAGGUUGACCCCCAAACUAGUAAUGUGCAGUAGCAUACUUUCUGAAGGGAUGGACUACCUCAAGCGACAGGUGGCAAGAAGGUGCACAGAGUACCCCCUGCCACCAGGGCAGCAGGCACGUGCAGACUGGCGCAUUGCCUGCACUGUGGUUGUCAUGUGAGACUGCAGUGCGGCCUGCUAGGGGGCAGCUGGGAUCACUCUGUAUUGAUUUCCCACCUAUCUGAAGGGACCUGUACAGAUGAUGCAACUGGGGUGCAAUAUCACCCCACCCUGGCAAUAUUACAGAGCAGAAGGGGGCUCGGAAAUCAGUGGAGAGACGGAUUCCUGCAGCUGCCCACUGGACCCCAGAGAUGAGUGUCCACUCCAGCUCCUCCUUUCAAGGUAAGAAAAUGGAAGCUGGGUGGUCCUCACUGUAACUCCCCCUCUCCCCUAAUUUUUAAAAAAAUGAAAUGUAAAAUGUUUGUAAUCGUGUGUGUAUCUGUGUGUGUAUGUGAAUGUGCGUGUAUUUAUUGGAGUCUUUGUGUGUAUGAGUCUGUGUGUUUUGCGUAUUUGUCUAUAUAAGUGUGAGAAUAUGAAUGUCUAUGUAUAUGAAUGUUGGAGUAUUACUGUGGGUGGAGGGUUUUAAUGCAGUAGGAGUGGGUAUAAUGCUGUAAGUGCAAGAUUAAUACAACCUAGUGUUUGGUUAAUACAACAGGAGUGGAGUUCAUAAAUAUUGGUUUAUAUAAUAUUCUGAAUUUAUUCACAUAUUUGGUAUCAUAAUGUUUUUAUAGAACAUGUUAGAGUUAAAGGUUGAGAAUAGGUGUGUAGAAUCGUGUAGAUUUUUAGGUUGGCUUUAGUCAACAUUUGUGGGAGGAGGCUUACUAUAUUCCCUCUGAAUCCACUGUUAUUUUUCCACCUAGAAAUUCCAUUGGUAUAGAGGUUCAAAUUCCUUAAACACCAUGAGUGACUCCUUAAUUUGUGUUCAUUAUAGAUAAUAUGAGCAGUUGGCUCUACUCUCCCUGGUCUUAGCUAUUUCAUUAUUCUUAUAGUUCCAGCCAUUCUUCUAUGAGUCUGUUCUCAUUAUCUUGUGGGAAUCAUAUUGAAUACAGAAGUUCAUUGGUUCCAUCAGAUGUCCUGAUGCCCAGUAUUGUUUAGUUUAACUAGCACCAUAGGUGACCAUUAACAUGCUCAGUUGUUUCAGAGCCCUUUGUCCUCACAGCUAUUAGACCUGGAGCUGACAAAACUGUUUCAUGAGAUCCUUAUUUGACCAAAGCCUAUGAAAGGCAAAUCUUGCUACACUGAUACAUGAUAUCGGAUAUCUAGUGCAGUUAUGUGUCAAAUGGCAGGGACUACAUUCUGGUGUUUGAUAAGCAGAUGUCUUGAGGUUUUCACUCCGGAUGCUAAGCUGUUGAUCACUUCCUUUUUCAGCCCGUGAGAACCUCCAGGAGUGAGAAGGAUGAUGUUAUAAGCGGUACAGACACACAUUGUAUUAAUCUCCUGAAUGAGUCACUGAUUGAUGCUAAAAAAAAAACCACUUGCUAAAGAAGACCUUUACACGCAAGGAAUAUCAAAGAUUCUCAGUUUGACCAAACUUGUUAAAGGAACACUAUAGUGUCAGGAAUUCAAACGUGUAUUCGUGACAUUACAGCUCUAAGAUCCCCGUUUAGGCCCCUGACCUCCCUGUCAGCAAGGCAAAAGGGGAUUUUACUCACCUUUUUCCAGCACUGCGCAGGCCUCCUCAGGCUUGCUCCUCCCCCGCUCUGCUCUCUGAAAAGGCAGUGUUUAAAUUAAAAAGUCUGCAGGGACAAGUAGUAGACACUAGAACAACUACAUUAAGGUGUAGUUUUUCUGGUGACAAUAGUGUAUCUUUAAGUAGACUAUAAACCAUAGGUAUGAAUGUGGGUCAGGGGUGGGGUGGGCCUGUAGGAGGAAUUCCAAUGGCGACAUGCCUAUCACUGGUAGGAUUGGGCCCUCGUGACAAAGGAUAAAUCUGACUAAAAAAAUAUGUUACGAUAUGCAUUCUCUCCAGGCUAACUAGCAGCUAUAUUGGUCAGGCCUACUUCAGGGCCCCAUGAGCAGAGCACAGUAGAAAUACACUUAUAUGGGAAUAAUAUCCUGAGUUCAGUUUGCAAAAUGCAAGGGAGACUAAUGAUAAGAUUCUGUAGACACUUCUCUGAUUUUCCCAAAAAUGGAAUACCAAUGAACAAACCCAGGAUGGUGGAACGGGUACUAAAAUUUCAUAAUGUGCAGCCUAAUUUUGGAUCUAUGAAUAACAUUUUACCUACAUACCCCUAUCCUGCUAAGAUUUAUGUGUGUGUGAGCUGGAUUCUAUCCUAAAUUUCACAAAUGUCUCAAUUAAAUGUCAAUGUCUUAACAUGUCUUGAUCGAAAUUCUUACUCAUACUAAAGUAAAAAGGCUACAAAACUCUCAACCCCCCCAUCCAAAAAAAAGCAACCAUAAUAUUAUAUGAAACUUUUGCCGCACUGGAACUCCGGCGCUUUUUCUAACGGUUAUUCACCAUCCUUCUCCCUCGAUGCAUAGGUAAACCACCAACCUUAAAUUGCCUUUACUGUAUUGCCAUGCCCCCUAAGGCCCUGGGAAAGUUCCACGAGAAAUCAUAACAAACUUCCUAAACUUUAUUGAUAGAUAUAUAUAAUUCUGGCAGCCACAAUAGGGAGAUAGGCCUUUUAAGUUAUCACAUGUUCUUUUUGGACUUCCGCAGAUCCACCAUUAAAUGGUGUCAAUCCACAAAACCUCUGACCACUUCUUUGCAGUAGUCGGGUAUUCAUUUCAAAUGUCGUCCACACAAUUGAUGCUGCUCACCAGAUUGGACACCUUUUUUAGAUUCAAGGACUAUCUUCAAGAAUUAACAAAGCUAUUUGCUAGAUAGAAUUUAAAGUGAAUUUCAAAUUGAAGGUCAAUAUAAGCAAAUUGGAAACAUUUUGUAAGUCAGAUAUGUUUACAAUUUGGCUACUUUGGCCUAAAAUAUGAAAUCAAUUUUAUAUUUACUUUAAAUUCUCACUUUAGUUUAGUUAAAUCUUGUCCCUACACCGCCAGACUUACGUGGAGCUAUACCUACCAAAGACGGUCACCAAGUGAUCUCUACUACUAGAAAUCUAUUGUGUUGUAUUUUUAUUUUCUUUAAUUUGCUUAUUUUUUAUUUUUCAUAUCCUGAUGGCUGAUGGCUUGUUUAUAUCAAUGCUCUAAAAAAUAUUUUUUUUCCAUUUGUUCUCUUGAGGAUUCUCCCAUCCAACUCCACUAACCCCCAACCUCCGUAUCAAACAUUCUUUUUUCAGGACAUAGAUAUAUCUAUUGUAUACUACAACUCUGUUUAUCUGCUGGAAUUAUUCUUUUCCAUUAAAUGGGGGAGCUGGAUGGCCACUUUUGAAUGGGUUCAUAAGAAAGAAAACACUGAGUAGUUACAUAGUUACAUAGCUGAAGUUCAGCCUUUCUCACAUAUGUUUUUGCUGUUGAUCCAAAAGAAUGCAAAAGACCCAGUCUGAAGCACUUCCAAUUUUCCAACAAACUAGGGAAAAAUCCAUCUUGACCCCAAAAUUGCAGUCAGAUAUCUCCUUGGAUCAAGCAGCUAUUACCCUACGAAAUCGAAAUUAUAUCCCUGUAUGUUAUGGUUUUGCAAGUAUUUAUCCAAUUGCUGUCUAAACAUCUGUAACCACCUUUUCAGGCAGAGAAUUCCACAUCCUUAUAGUUCUUACUGUAAAAAAAACCUUUUCUUCACCUUAGAAUAAAUCUCCUUUCUUCCAGCCUAAAUGAGUGACUUCGUGUCCCAUGUUUAGCUCUGUUUAUGAAUAGAUUUUCAGAUAAUGGUUUGUACUGGCCCCGAAUACAUUUGUAUGUUAUCAUACAAAUAUGUGUAUGUUAUCAUAUCCCCUCUGAGGCGCUGUUUUUCCAAAGUAAAGAGAUUACAAUUUUUUUAACCCUUCUUCAUAACUAAAAUGCUCCAUUUCUUUUAUCAAUUUUGUAGCUCAUCUCUGCACUUUUUCUAGUGCCAUGAUAUCCUUCUUUAGAACAGGUGCCCAAACUUGCACAGCAUAUUCAAGGUGUGAUCUUACCAGCGAUUUAUAAAGAGGCAAAAUGAUAUUUUCAUCCUGAGAAUUUAUGCCCCUAUUUAUACAUGACAAAACCUUACUGCCCUUAGCAGAUUGACAUUGCAUAUUGCUGCCUAAUUUGUUGUCUAUAACAAUUCCCAAGUCCUUCUCGUGUGUUAUUAUCCCUAAUUCACUACCAUUUAGGGUAUAACAGAGCCUUUUAAAGGUACAUGAGGUGGAGACCAGAAAGGAACCUCAUUAAACAAGACCACCCACUUUCCCUAUUUAAGCCACGCACACCCUUCACUCUUCGCUCAUUUGUACUAUGCUCCUGGUUGUGUAAAGACCUUCAGUGUCUAUCCUGUUGUAUUUUGACCCAUGCCUGUAUCAUCGCUUCUGAACCUGUGCAGCCUGUCGUGACCAUUGGCUUCCCUGACUACUCUCUUCGUCUGAUCCUUUUGUACUGCGAACUUGCUCUAUUGCCUUCAUCACUCCCCUGCAUCUUGGGCUCCGUCCACUAAACUGUGAACCCGACACCAGCGUUACACCAUUUUGACAGGGGUAGGUCAUAUAUAUAAUAUCGUAAGCACUCCAAUGGUGCAACUGACAAUCUUGGGGCAAGGCCUAAGAACUUAGAAAACCAUGUCAUCCAUUUAAUAAUGGAAACUAAUGUUGUGGUCAUGAGUGUAAUACCCUAAGGUAUGCCUUGGCACCCACAUCAAUGAAAGAAAGGAAUGUGGGCGUAUGAGUAAAUUUUCCAAUUGAAGCCAAAGUGGAGUGUCUUGGGUUAUAUGCAAUGUCAGCAUUUGCACUAUUAUCGUGGCUGCAUAAUAUUUUUGGAUAUCUGGCAUCCCCAAACCUCCCACAUACAUAGGGAGCUGAACAGAUGUAUGUGCUAUCCUGGGUGGGUUUCGCUUCCAUAAAUGCAUGUUUAUAGUCUGUGGAGAUUUGCUUACAAAGGGCUUGGAAAUGUCUAUCGUCAGGGUGGGAAAUAAGUACAAUAUCAACCAUAACACCCCAAACCAACCGUCCAACACGCCCUGUAUUUUAUUAUAAACUUUGGCCUACUUUCAUUUUGUCUAUCUUGUUAAAUGCUUUCUAUAAAAAGUCCAUUUGAUGGAUAUUAGGCACAUAUAGGUAUAAAACCAAAACAGUGAGUAAGCGCUAAAUAACACAAUAAAGCAGCAACCCUAUAAGGGAUUCCCUCAAAAACCCUUAAACGUAACACAAAACGGAAUAGAUAAAAGUAAGGGCAGCACUGAAUAAAACUAUGUGUAAAACAAAUAGUCCAGAUAAAAUAAAUGGAUAAAAAGAGAAAGUCUUAUCUCAAGACGUCUGUUGCGGUCAUAUAUAGUAAUGAUAUUUGUUCCAGAAUAAUUGUCCUUGUUGAUAUCCUCCUUAUGGAUCCACUCGUAUGUAAGAGAUAAGGAAUAAAUGGAGAACCAAAUAGUGUAGUAUAUUCAACAGUGGAGAUGAUAAAAAUAUAAAAAUCUAGAAUGCAAACUCACAUUUGACAGAGCUGUAACUCUUUCUCUCUUCAUUGCGUGGAACAACACAAAUAUCUCCCAAAACAUCUUAUUUCUAUGAGAAUUUUUACAAUUUUUAUGGAUGACAAGACUCACAAUUUUAUGACCUUAUGAACGCCAACCAUUUGUAGGUGUAGGUGAUUUAACCAAAAAUUAACCUAUAUUUUUUAAUAAUAAAUAUAUACAUAUGUUGGCACUGAAACCUGUAUUUGGGUGCAGGUAUCGAGGUUGCCCACCUAUAAUCAACCUCAAAAUAUAAAUACAGAAUAUAGUGAAUGAUACCGCACUCCGAAAGAUAAUUGAUGCUCAAAAAAUUAUUUUUUCAUUAGUAUUAUACACAAAGUCAAUUUAAAAUCAGAUACAAUCUAUAGUGCAUCACUUCAUACCAUCAAUAAUGAACAGUAAGGGUAAACAAUAUAUUAAAUCCUGGCCCAGUUAAUACUGCAAUCUAUGCUUUUGCCAGAAGACCUGAAAAAUCCAUCAUAGGGUUAAUACAUUGAAGGGUUCCUCCCAUAAUUGUAUCAUACUGCCCAUGGUUACCAGACAAAAUAAAAAAAUGAAAAAAAUAGAAAAGUCUAUUCAAUUUAAAACCCCCAAAUUAUUUUUUUUGUAUGUCUCUCUCCAUAGGUAAGCCUUCUUAAGAUACCCGAGGCUUAUAAAAAGAAAAAAAGGGUAAAAAAUAGACAAAAAUAAAAAAUUAAAAUUCACAAGAUAUAUUCUGAGUAGUGAUGUCCCGAACGGUUCGCCACGGACAGCGAACAUAUGCGCUGUUCGGUCCGCCCCCUAUUUGUCAUCAUUGAGUAUACUUUGACCCUGUACCUCACAGUCAACAGACACAUUCCAGCCAAUCAGCAGCAGCCCCUAUCUCCCAGACCCUCCCACCUCCUGGACAGCUCUCUAAGAAUGCAGCUUCACAAUGAAUGUAAAAUGGAUGCUGUGAGAUAUAAAAGUUCAUUCGCAGGAGGUUUUCUUAAUGUAUAAACAAUAGUUGCAGGUCACUGAGGUUUGGCUGUAUUUGUAGAUGCAAUCGGGAUUCAGAUCACCGGGGGGCUGUGCGCUCGGGAUCACCAUCCCUUCGAAGGUCCUGAACCAAUAUUUUUCAAUACACAAACUGCAUUUACUGUAGUCAGCAUUUAUUAUUGCUGCAAAGUGUUAUUCACUAAUUCGCAAGUCGUUGGGAGUUAAUAAAAAAGUCUUACAUUUUAGGCAAAAAUAGACAACAUUAAAAAAUACAGUUAUUUAAUAUGUCGCUUACAUUUUGAAUAUUUAACUUUGAAUUUGAUCUAAAUACCUCUGCGAGGAACGUUUAUUAUGUAUUAGGAUUCAAAAAAGGGACAUAUAUGAGACACCUUUCUGUUUUCAUGGCUAACAAGGGCAGCAGAUCAAACUGGAAUUCUCAUAGUUAGCAAAAUAAUAAAGCUUAGAUACCCAUUUAUUAAUUAUUAGGAGGAUCAACUGCUCAAUUCUCUGUCAUCUGGGAGUUAAUUUACUUGUGUGUCUGUUAUGGAGCCAUAGUCAUACUACCCCUGGCUGUAACUCACACAGCCUCCAUUAAAUAGUUUUUUUUUUUCAUUUAGAUGUUAAAGGGACACUCCAUAAACCCACUGUUUAGUAGAUAUACCCAAAUGAAAACUUGCAUGAAUGAUUAUGUAUUUUUCAUUGGGGAUGUAUCUAAAACCAGAUUGCAAAACCUGCAAUUAUCUUGUCUGCAGCCUUUACAAGUCCUCCCCUUCUAAACCAGCCCAGACAUCACAUAUUCCCCAAUACAGCUCAAUAAAAAGUCUUUGCAAGGCAAGUGCUCUGGGCAAUUGCCUGCCUCUUGAGUUUAGUUCCACUGAGCUAACCAAAGUAACAGGUCAUAUUGUCUUAUUGACACCUGCUGUGGUGUAAACAGAUUAAUUUAUAAAAUGGUACAUUUCUAUUGAAAUUUGCACUUUUUGUAAAUCGAAAAAUAAAAUAGGACACUUUAUUUACACCUAUUCAGUAAGCUAAAGUGUCUUAGGGGUCUUUAACUCACUUUGGAAGUUUUUUUAUCUCCUGGUUUGUAAAUUGAAUUUUAAUCACACACAGGAGGCUUCCGCAGGCUCUAGAAGGCUAUUAACAGAGCUAAGAAAUUAGAUUUUGCAAAAAAGUUACCUAGAUUCCAUUUCAGAAAGUGUUUGGGAAGGCUGUGCAAGUCGCAUGCAGGGAGGUGUGACUAGGGCUGCUUAAAAAAAGUGAUUUAACUCCUUAAUGACAGAGAACUGGCAGAGAACUGAGCACUGAGACUGAAGGGGCAUGAUUUAUAAACCAAAAUUGCUUCAUUAAGCUACAGUUGUUUUGUUAAUUAUAGUGUCCCUUUAAUUCAUUUCUGCAUCUUUUCCUAUCCUAUUAGAGGAGAGGAGGAGCUAAUUAAUAUGUUCUGCUGCCAUGGUUAGCCAGCUAUACACAGUUUAUUUAUUAUUUAUUUAACAAAAAUGUAUGAAGGUAUGUUGGAUCAGUGGCGUCACAAACAGAGCUCUUCCUGUCAGUCCCCCCAGGUACAGGAAACUGAAGCUCCUGUACCACGGUCUGAUCCGCCCGGCCACGCUACCAGAAAGGUAGGAGACACACUGGGGACAGGAGGAAGGAACAUUAUCGGACAGGGGAGGGGAGCGGGGGAAGAACACUAUGGGACGGGGAGGAAAGAAUACUUUGGGACAGGGGAGGGAGGGGAGGAAAGAAUACUAUGGGACAUAGAAACAUAGAAUGUGACGGCAGAUAAGAACCAUUCGGCCCAUCUAGUCUGCACAGACGGGGGGGGAGGAAAGAACAUCAUGGGUGGGGGAGGAGGUAGAAAGAACACUAUGGGACAGGGGAGGAGAAAAAACACUAUGGGACAGGAGAGGGGUGAGGAAAGAACACUAUGGGACGAGGGAGGAGAAAGAACACUAUGGGACAUUCGUUGGGGGGAGAAAGAACACUAUGGGACAAAGGGGAGACACUAGGGAGGAGAGAGCGGAAGAUUAAGGGGGGGCACUAAGGUACAGGGGACAGAAGGGAAAAGGAACACAGGUGGGGGGACCAGUAAAAGAGAAGGGAGAGGAACACUAAGGGGGGGAGGAAUAUUAAUGGGAAUGGGGGGCACUAAAAGACAAGUAAGGGGGGAAUAGAGGAACAUUAAGGGACAAAGGACGAAGGGGAGAGGAAUACUAAAGGACAGGGGAGGGAGGGGAGAGGAACACUAAGGGAUAUGGUGGGGGUUGGUGUGACACCGUGAGUUACUGCACCAGGUGACACCAACCCUAGUGACGCCACUGUGUUGGAUGAACAUAUAACUUGAAAGCUCUAGGAACUCUGAAGUUGAAUGUUUGUGAACUUCUAGUGUUUUCCAUCAAUAAGUCACACUUAUGCACUGUCUCUCGCAUCUAUGCUGAAAUGUAGUUCUGAUAAAUAUGUGGUUAGCAUUUUGGCUAAGCACAGGUGAAUACGAGCAAACUUGUUGUUAAGUCAGUUAUAUUCAGGAAGUUGCAUCUUUGUUCUGCAAAACAUUGUGGUCAUUCUCGAGAAAAAGCUCUCAAUCAGUUCAUGUAAUUUUAAAUACCUAUGGGAAAAGCAGCAUUUAUGUUUUCAGUACUUAAAGCGGCACUGUCAAGCCGAACUUACCUUUCCCCAAUCGCUUCCUCUUCUCUCCCUCUCUCAGGAUCUGUUCUCCGUUUCUUCCAAUCUGAUCUAGAGAUUACUUUGUCUUAUGUAUUUUUCCUACACUUAACCCGCUUUGACCCUCUUCCUGUGGGUCAAAUACAUUUUCCCGCAAUACCCACCCUUUCCUCUGUGAUCUCGCUGUGUUUCCUGUCAGUAUUCCCAAACAUCCUGUCACAUAGAUAGGACGGCGCAACUACCAAAUUUUGCCCUAACAGAAUGAGAACAUCGCUAUACCGCGAGUAGGGGCAUGUCUACUAAACAGUGAGCAGCCUGCUUACUGCUGUAAAAAACAAACAAAAAAAAAAACGACCCCCCUCCUAUAGAAAUAAUAAAGGACAAUAAUAAUAAAGGAGGAGGACAUUGUAGCGGAGCUCCAAUAUUCAGCAUCAAUAUCGCUGCUGUAGACUCCUUGUAGCUGAGGAAGCAAUACGAUAUCCAAGACACAAUCCCCCCAGUAACUGGACGACACACAGUUCUGGGAGCCAAGUGAUUUUUAUUCAGCCUCAGCUGGCUUUUAUGCAACUUCCCAUGCAAGGGGUUUCUUAAAUUACAUUCCAGGGGUUUGCCCUGUGGGGACAAGGGACAAGUAAAUAAUUCACAAACUCCUCCUCUGUGCCUGGGAGAUAAUUGAGUAAGAACAACUCUUUAAUUACAUUAUCUCCCAGGUACAGAAAAUAUACAAUAUUGUAAAACAGCAUAAAAACAUAUUUUAAUAUCUCAGAACUCCACGAAAGUUAGUUCACCAAAUAGCAGGUAUAUGAGCGCCCACUUUGACAAAAUAUCACUCAGAUCCGUUUGGUAUAUUAGGAAUGCCAUUCAAGUGAAGUUUAGACCGGUCGACCACGACGUGAAGCCCCAAAAUAGUUCCAGAGGAUUUUAGGCUUUGACCGGUCUUUUUUCGGGAGUUCUUUCACGAAUGCUGACGAAGGCUCCCCCUUGCUGCUAGCAUACGAAUGUUCCCCCUGUUUGGUAGUUUAGGUCUCCUGAACGCCGUUCUCCUACUGGUUCGGGAAGUUGAAUUGGCAGCGGUAAUAGUUUACCCGGUGUUCACAGAGUCCAGUAGCUGAAAUUAGUUCCAGGCCAUCGAUGACCAUGUACCACCACCCACAUUCGACAGACAAAAUGGCCAUUUGUUUGCACACGUGCAUUUGGUAAUACGAACAGUGGCCAAGUAGGGGAUACCCUUUCUUUGAUGAGCAAUUUGAGGUUAACAGCCAGGGAUGGUCGAUUGUUAAAUGAACUGAACUCAGAGACCACACAGGUGGGUUCGGUAAACGAACGAGGGGUAUGGACAGCCGAACAAAGGGAAGGAAAAAAUGGACAUUCUGCUACAGACAGUGUCUCCCCUCCCGAGCCCCCACCUGUGCUGUGUGAGUGGGGGCUACUAAACUGAACGAGGAACCUAAUGUUCCCCCAGUCCCCUCCCAUAAACGGCAGGUGGAGGCUAAAUAUAAAAAAUACCCCCCACAAGUAACUAGGGGUCCCCAAGCCUCAAGCCACCCCCCUCCCCAAUAAAAUUAAACCCUACUUACCCCCUCACCCUAAAAUAGUGAGGGGGGAACAAAAAACGAAAUACCUGUAAAUAAAAAAAAAUUAUACUUACCAUUAGAUGUCUUCUUUUUUCUUAAACCUUCUUUUUUCAGCCCCAAAAAGGACAAAUAAAAAGCCAUAAUUCCCGCCGAACUUUAAAAACAAAUGAAACAAAAAAAAGUGCAAAAAAAAAACAUGCAGAAAAAAGAAAACCCUGACGCCACAAAAAAAAAAAUCCAUCUUCACCCAGCUUGUAAAGCUUUCCCAUGUCCUGCAAUUUGAUUUAGAGCUCUCUGAUUGGUUUGUUUAGGCCAAUCAAUAAAAGUGCUCUGAUUGGUAACUUGCAUGUCUCAAAUUUCCCAGACGGCUCUUAUUGAUUGGCUUAAACCAAUCUCAGAGCGCUCUCAGUCAAAUUGCAGGGCGUGGGAAGGCAUAGGGCAUGGGGAGAGGUCCCCCACCCGCUGCUCAUAAGAGACAAUGGGUCCCCUCUCUUUUUUUACUUAGGGCCCCCACCUGUCCUCCCCUGUUAAUUAUUUUAGAAGAUGCCCCACCAUGGCGAACCUGUACUUUUUUUGAUUCGGGGAGUGGGGGUCUUUUUUUUUGUUUGUUUAACAGUGAGCAGCCACUGGUCGCUCACUGUUUAGUAGACAUGCCCCUACUCACAGCAUAGCAAGUAGGGGCAUUCAGGAGAUUUUAGUCUCCCUUAUGCUAAUAUUGGGGUCAUAGAAUGACGGGGGGGGGGCAUAGAGGGGGGUUAGAAAGUGGCGGAGAGCACUGCUCCCUGCCGCUUCUAUCUUCACAUAUUACAAGGAGCAAGCAGUGAGCCGGUAGCUCCCUCCUUGUAAUAAACUGAACGAACAAAGAGGUCUCCUUUCAUUCUUUUGAAAUUUCUAUUCAUUUAUUUGUCUUUCUAACGAAUGAAUGAAUUGACAAAAUUCCCAUCUGAAUGCCCAAGUGGUUAACUGGGCAUGAGCGGGAAUUUCACAGUGUUAUCUAGUGUGGGCAGAUGACCUGUCCCACAGGGCCUUCAUCUGCCCACUCUAAAAUGGUGGCGCCAAGGACCUAAGUCCGGUCACAAAAUAAAGUUUAAAAAAAGGUAAUAUGGGGGCUCUACGGGGAUUUGGGAGUAACUAGGGGGGCUAUUAUAUUUAGUGUAGUUGGGAGGGGGAUAAAUAAAAAACGGAUGUGGCCAUGACAGUGCCGCUUUAAAUGUAUUUCAUGAGGAUCAUAUAUAGCAUGAGAGUUUAGAGUUUGUAAAUGUAUGAUUUGGUUAAUAAAUAAUGACCAGACAAUCUUGGCGCUCAUUGCAACCCAGCCCCUUAAACUUGUUGACUUGAUGAAAUAACAAAACAUUUUUCUUUUUGAUCUGCACAAUCUUUGUAUAGAAGGUUGCCUACGCCUGCAUCUAUACUUCUACUUAGUAAUCUUCUAGACCAAGAUCAAAGAUUCCAAAUGAAUUAUUAUUAUGGACUCAUAUAUUGUAACGAAGAGCAAUGUAAACUUCAGAUCAUUUUUUAGCCAUUUUCUAUUAUUUUACCCUCUAUUUCUCUCUGUUUCUUAUUUUGUUUUCCAAUUUCUCAAAACAGAAUUUUACAAAAGGAGGGGAGUCAGAAGGAUCUCGAUGUGCAACAGCUUUGGAGCUUCAGCAAAGAGGAUGUGCCUCAGAGCAUCUGAUACAACCCAAAGGGGUUGUGAACAUUAUAAAGGACACUCCUCUGAGUGACAGUGCUGACCAAGAGGUGGUCACACAGCUAGCUCCUCAAAGUGUCCACCUGAAGCUUCGCCCUGGUGAGAAUCAUAAUGAUCACAGGGUUUAAACAUCUGCAUUGUAUCUCUUAGAGAGAUACUCUAAGCACCAACAUAACAGACUUAAUGAAGUGUUUUUUUGUGUGUAGAUCACUGCUCAAUGCUCUGCAUUUUAGGAGUUAAAUCACUUUGUUUAUACAGCUGUAGCCACUUCUCCCCUGGCUUAGACUCACACUGCUCCUUGGAACCUGCUGGUACCAUGGAGUCCCAGGUAUCAUUGGAUACCUAAGGAAUCCCUCCAUCAGCUAGGCAACAAUUAGUGGCCAAAGACUGUAAGAUGAGCUAUGUGCAGCGCUUCAUAUACCACAGCUAAGCAAUCGCACUCAGCCGUGGUAAUUCUGAGCCUGUCCACAGCCUUUUAUAUGGUGUUUGCACUAUUCUUUAUUAGUUCUUUUCUCCUGCGGUAUUUUGAAGAGACUUCUCCCAGGGAUUUUAAUCAUAUUUUUGUGUGAUACACCAUUAGAUGGCAAUAUAUUUUUCAACUUUGAAUCCAUAUGCACUUUAAGCGCAGUCUGAAGCACUUUUUGAAUACACUUUGAUGUGAAUUUAUUGCAUGUCACUGUAUAGAAGGUUACAUUGUAAACAUAAUUAACGUUGCAUGUAUUAGUUAACUGAUCCACCUUUUGGAUGAAAUUACUUUAUCUACCGUUUAUACUCUAUUUAGUGCAAUGACUGUUUAAACUUCCUGUCCUAUUUCUGAAUUUUAGAAGAAAAGAAGAAAUUUCGGGUGAAGUUCAAACGUGCUGAGGGUUAUCCGAUAGAUCUUUAUUACCUGAUGGACUUGUCAUACUCCAUGAAGGAUGAUUUAGAAAAUGUGAAGAAGUUGGGUAGUGACAUUCAGAGGGCUCUUAACGAAGUCACCAAAUCUGUGCGCAUUGGUAAGACAUAAUGUGUAUUUGUUUGAAAAUUCCUUUUCCAGGAGAAAUACACAAAUAAAACUCCAAUGUAAAUUAAUACAAACUGUGCUGAAUUUCUUCCUUAAUUCUGAAAGUCUUCUCCAGCUCCCUGUCAGAGUAUCAGAGUGUCUUAUAUUUAACCAGAAGGUAAAAAAUUUUUUUAAAAAUUGUUUGCAAUUUGAUUAUAUUUUGAAGUCCUCUGGUGAAUUACCGACACUUCUUGGUUAAGUAAAUAACCAAACCAGUUUUGAAAUUCACAGUUGUCUGAGGUAUGUCCUCCUAAGAAGAAAUGCUUAUAAAUUGGAGUCAAGGUUAAGCCCCUUGCCUUGAGCAAAUGGCAAAGAAUGCAUGUGUUAAAUAUGUAUCCAAUUAAAUUGAUCUUUAUGGUUAUUUCUGUAAAAUUUGUUCAGUAUUCCUUUCACACAAGUACUAUUUUUGGUUGCUCAAGAGUCAGUGAUUACAUAAUCUCUGUAUGAUGGAAAUAACAUGGGUAACCAUGGCUAAGUAUAAUUUUCCAUAAUGAUAAUUAUAGUCUACUUAGUAUUUUUGUUUAAGUGUUUUAUCACAGGGGCUGGAGGUUAAUAGAACUGGUAGAUGAUUAACAGUUUUACUUUUGCAGGUUUUGGUUCCUUUGUGGAUAAGACAGUGCUUCCCUAUGUAAGUACAAUGAAAUCCAAGCUGCAGAACCCAUGUCCAUCUCGUACAGAGCGUUGCCAACCACCUUUCAGCUAUCGGCAUGUGCUGGAUCUGACCUCCAACCUCACCUUGUUUGAAAUGCGGGUCAGUGCAGAAAACAUCUCUGGUAAUCUGGAUAGUCCGGAGGGUGGAUUAGAUGCCAUGCUACAGGCGGCUGUAUGCACGGUAAGGUUCCAAUUUGGAAUGUAAUUCAAUCUCCAUGCUAUUUACAGUUAGACCUUACCACAACUGGUUGAUCAGCAGGCUGACCUAAAAGGAACCCUCUUUAAGGAGUAAUUUAUGGAGUGAUGCUAAACUCAUUGCUCAAUCACAUAAUGCAAAUUGUAGGUUUGCAUAAUUGCACCAAAAUUAGUGAAAUAGAAACAUUUUGACAGGGUUACGGCCUUUAAUUACCAAAUUUAAAACCCUUGAACUAGACAUUUCUCUUAUCUCUUCUCCAGGAUCGCAUUGGAUGGAGGAAUGUUACUCGUCUCUUGGUGUUUGCCUCAGAUGAUGUCUUUCAUACAGCUGGAGAUGGAAAGUUAGCCGGUAUUUACUUGCCAACCGAUGGUCACUGCCAUUUAAAUGAAAAUGGAGAAUAUGACCACAGCAACAUUUAUGUGAGUGAUUUUUCAAAGUGGAAAACUCCCACAAUUUCUUUAUAAGGCAAUUUUAUUAGCAAUAUGGCAAUGAAAUAAAAAUACAAAACAGACAUCAUUAGAAGAAGAAUGAAAAUGAAAUACUAUGUAACUGGUGUUUCAAAAGCGUGUGGUCAUUGCCAAGUUUUGUAAGUUUCUUAAAGAAGGAAACAGUGGGAACAAUGAACUCAAAACAUAAUAAAACAAGAAUAAACAGAAAUAAAUUUAAAGAGAAACUAUUAUGCCAGAAACUUUGCAUAGCAUGAGGACGUCUAGCGUCAGUUAGGCAACUAAAAGUCGCCUAACCACCCGGAGGUCCCCUGAUAGACAGCCACUAGAGGUGGAGUCAAACCUUAAAGGCAAUUAUUGCAGUUUCUCAAAAACUGUACUAAUUACCAUUGCAGAGUUAAGGGACCUGGGACACUGCACCCAGACCACUUCAAUGAGCUGAAGUGGUCUGGGUGCCUAUAGUGUCCCUUUAAACCAAAAUCUAUAUAAGAAGAUAUUUAUCAUCUUCCAAUCAAAGAAAAUAACAGAAACUGUGAGUCAGCUAUGAAGUGAGUAGGCAACCAAAAGUAUGGAGACGAGACACUUUGUAGUACUCUCUGACAGUCUGUGUGAUUUAAAGAUGACUGUCUCGUGUUGGAACUUCAAAACCUUCUAGAACAAUGUUAGAUCUUUCCAAGGCAGGUAAUAUCUUACUUUUUUUAUUUAUAAAGAUGGGGAUGAUCCAGACAUACAACAACAUGAUUUUUGCAUAUGAUAAGAGUUACUAUGACCCUGCUAAACCUUCCAUUUAAUCUAUAAAGUUUAAGCUACUGGAAAUAAAACCCACGAAGAGAUAACGGUGGACAAAUAUUUUACACCAUUAUUCACUGCCCUAAAACUUUAUUAAAAAAUAAAAGUACAUCCUCUGUCCUUGGAGACCUACAUUCCUGAGAUAUAGCUCUGCUCUCUUGUCAACCUUACCCAGUGCUGGCUGGUGAAUUUUAAAUAUAGUUGGGCAUCCUCCCUUCCCCUCUCCCUCCCUCCCCGACUUGUUGGACUCGGCUCACUUAGCUCCAUUACUCAAUCUUUAACCCAAAGAGGAAGCAGGCUUUGUUCAAACCUGUAAAGCUAUGGAUAAACAUUUUUGAGCUACAACUCCACCUACUGGUGCUGUUACCCAACAACAACCGAGAAUAAUACACAAGCCACAUUCAGGACAAUAUGCAAGCUUCUCUUUAGGGCCUAGAGAAUCUGAUCGCCCCAUGCAAAACCAAUGACUGUAAGCAGAAAUCCGGAAAAUAUAUUAAAAAGUGGAGAUUGAAGCUGUAUGUAUAAUCAUUGCAGAUAGAAUAUUUUUUGCAGCACAGUCUUUACCUAUGAUAAAAUUGCUGCCCUAAAACAUCAUAAACUAAACUGUAAACAAAAUACAGAAAGGUAAACUGUGAACAAUCAAUCUGAAAAAUUACUGAAACCAUUAAAAUUCAGAAAUUUGCAUAUAUGGUCAAUAUAUUUGCAAAUAAGGGUAUUUUGUGGAUGAAACAAAUGUAUCACCUUCUCGAAUGUUCCUUUUUCAGGAUUAUCCCUCAGUUGGGCAUCUAGCUCAUGUCCUCUCAUCCGCUAAUAUUCAGCCUAUCUUUGCUGUCACCAAUGAUGUGAUCUCCACGUAUGAGGUGAGUACGUGCAAUGGCAGCAAUCGGGGGUGUAACUAUAUAGUUUAAGGUGAUUGCAUUUCUCCUACAAAUAUAGACAUAAAAUAUGUGACACACAGACUGUUGAUUAUUUCAGUUCUGACAUUCAUUGUGUUCUGUAGGUCUGGUUUAACGGAGCCAACUGAUCUUCUUAGAUGCACAGAUCAAUGUCUUGUUGGCUUAUGGUCAAGAGCUCUUGUCUGUGACAUCAACUGUAACGCAUGUAGAAAGCGAUGCAGAAAGCCCAGUUUGUCUUCCAGCUUUUCAUUGUCAAAUUAAAUUUAUGUGAUGGCACUUUUGGGCAGGAAUAGAAAACUACUUUAUGUAUUUCCAAUUUGGUUUCCAAGUCUCAUAAAAGACUCGCAUCCACGCGAAUUUACCCACAAAUGUUCUGUACUUUUUUGCAUAUUGUAUUGGUUGUGUGUGUGGUGUAUAUCAUAUAUCAAAGAAGCCAUUAUUUGUUUUCCAUGUAAUAUCCCAAGUGCAGGAGCUGAGCAAACUGAUUCCAAAAUCUGUGGUUGGAGAAUUGACAAAGGAUUCCAGCAAUGUAGUGAACCUCAUCUCUGAAGCCUAUAACGUACGUCUCUGCUGCAGGAUAAAACCACAAUAAAUGUUAGAGAUUGUAAUGUCUUUUAAAGCAGGGAAAUUACAAACAUUUUAUGUUCAUGUAACAUUUUAAGUUGUUGUACUUUACAACAGAUAGGUCCACCUUAUAAACGACAUUAGGAUCAAUUAUCAUGCAAAAAAUGUUCCGAUAAUGAGUUAUUUGUUUUACCCUGGAACUGAAAGGAUUAAAGGGGGUUUGUUUGUCAUGUUCUUGUAGAUGAAAAACCCAGAACAUGGACUGUGAAAGCCAAAAAAUAUUGAAUUGAAGAAUUUUCCAAUUCAGUUACAUUUAACAAAGUUGUCACAGUUAGUUUUUUAAAUUAACACUCCAUUGACAUUUUUAAUGCAUUUUUUCUAUAUAUCUCAUUUGGUGGCAUGUAAAAAAACAAAACUUGUGAAAGCUGCAGAUAUGCUGUCUUUGCUAAACUGAACAAUGACAAGUUUCUCAUUGAGAAGUCUAUAUUUCAUCUGCAAUCGUGCACACAAUCGUGGAUUUCUGGGUCUUCUCAAUAAACUGUAGUACAGUUCAUUGAGAAGUGGUGGAGGCAGGUGUGUAGCCCAGUGUGCCUACCACUUCCGAUGGUUCAUAUGGCACUACCAGAAGCAAAUAAAAACCUUCCCAGCUGUCUGAGGGCAAAAGAGACAGAUAGAGGCUUUAACUAAACCCAUUAGAUUUUAGUUGUGUCAACUAAUAUCUACUGGAGAUUUAGUCGACUAAAACUAGACUAAAAGGAACACAAUUCAGAUGAUUAAAAUACAACUAAAACAGAUUUUUAGUCAAAAGACUAUGACUAAAACUACUUUGAAAUUUGCCGCCAAAAUUAACACUGGUUGAUAGCACUGGCUAGGGAGUAUAGGAACAGAUAGGGCCAGAUUAACAUAGGGGCUAACAGAGCUGAAGCACUAGGCACAUGCCCUGUUUUACACUAAAUUUCCAAUGCUCUUGCCUUGUGCAGAGGGAAUUAAGUAUGGUAACUUAGGAGGAUUGUAGAGGAGCAAAACUCGCAUAGACUGGCUUACUAUAAAAUAGUUAUAGUUAAGCUGACUUUGCACACCUUGUAAAUAACAAUGUGACAUGACCCUUUAAUUCUACAUUUACUAUAUCCACAUUUUUUCCGUGUCUGACCGAAUACCAGGAGCUCCAGCCUUCUAGUAAGAAGGGAAGGAGAGGAUUGGACAAGUGAGUGCUGGGGGACACCAGGGAAUUUUCCCCAGAAAGCAUAGAGUGAAUGAAUAAUUAAACACAUUUGCUAAACUCAGGGUUCUGAAAUAGCACUGUCUGCCCAGACCAUCCUUAAUUGGCUGGCAGCCUGUCAUAUAUUUAUACCAGGGUGACCUUCCAGUUCUUCGGGCAGACCUGCUCCUUUUACUGCAUGGGUCUACCCCUUUAGGCAGGGCCAGUGAUGUGAUUUACAUCACUGGUCUACCUCUUUUUACCUUUCCCAAUGACAGCCUGCUUCACAGGAUGCCGAUGCUGGGGGUAUGGAUUUGGUUACAGCAGUUACAUUCAGAUUAAAAAAAAAAAAAAGUUCAUUAGCCUUAUUUAAGUUAUAUACAGCUUAGAAACCUUACCCAUGACAUUUUUACUGUAAGUAUAUAUUUUGCUUUCUUUAUGCACACGAUGAUGAAGACCACACACUGUGAUCAUUUUAAUUAAACUGUUGGCUGUUCUCAUUAUGGCUGAUGUCAAUCAGUGUGAUUUUCAUGGUUGAUUGAUCAGCUGUAAAACGUUUGGAUCAGAAUUUCCUAUUGACAAUAAUCCCUGACAUCUAUGCAUUUAUUAUCUUCCAGAACUUAUCUUCCACUGUGAACUUGGAGCAUUCAAAUCUCCCUAAAGGGAUCAAUAUAUUGUAUGAUUCUCACUGUCUUGACUCAUCUAGCAAGGGACAACCCACAGGGCAAUGCUCUGGCGUCAAAAUUAACCAAGCGGUAAGUAACCACAACUUUUACAUAAAAAAAACUUAUUCUGAGCUAGGGGAUUCCCCACUAUGACAAGGUAAUGUGAGGUAAAUAUUCAAUACUAAGGAAGGGAAUGUACAGUUUGAGAUGUAAUGGUAAUAGUAGAUUAUUGGUUUUAGAUAAUUCCUUUUCUGCUGCUUAUAUUUAAUUUUUAUUUAUUUUUUUGAAAAGCUGAUAUUGAUUUCAGACAGAACAUUGAUUAUGAACUUUAUAUUAACAAAAACCAGAGGUUCCAUCAGAAUGCUAAACCGGAAUGUAAAUAAAAUAUAUUUCCUCUAAUUUAAAGUGCACCUGACAGGACAGGUUCAUCUUAGCAAAUAAAUGGUUUAAGGCCUAUUGGGGUUUUUUCUGGCUCUGCAGGAUUUCAAGUUUGGAUACUGAUUCCUACCACCUUUAGCAUUUCUAGCCAAUGAGGCGGUCAUGGUGGUUAGAGUAAGCCUUUAUGGUCAAAACAGCUGAACUGGAAAUGUCUCUAAGUUAGCUAUGCUUUUAAUUAGUGUGGCCUUAAAUUUGAAAGUCACUUUAAAUUCUCCCUUUAGUAAACGACCCUGUUAGUGUACUAUCUAUUUUUUUUUUAAAUACCAUAACAGGGACACUUAAAAUUUGACACGUUGGACUUUAUGGGCCAGUGGCGACAAUUACUGAAUAAAAGCAUAGAGCCAUUUUGAAAUUGUUAUUAAAGGGUUAAUACUUGUCAUGUUCUUAUGAUUAUGUUAUUUAAUGAUUAUUAAAUUAACAGGUGAACACUAUAGUCUUACACAAAAAGGACAUCAGGGUUUUUAAACUUUAAAAGCAUAUUAAAUACAUCAAAAAUAUAAGUAAGUAAAAAUAUAUGUAAAUAAAAAUACAAAUUGUGGGCAGGUGGGAGCUACUGAUAUCAUUAAUCGGGGAGGACGGAUCUAAUGUCCUCCCAGCCUCCACCCAUAAGCGCUGGGUGGAUGUUAUAAUUAAAUACAAAAGAUGGGUGGACAUGCCACUCCUGUGACGAAUAGGCAAACAAAAAAGAUGAAGUCAUGUUCUACUUAGCCCUAAGAAUCAGUGUGAUGUAAAGUUGUCGGGCUCCUGCAAUAGCUGGCCAGUUGCUAGUUUAUUACAGUGAGAUGCUAGUGACUUCUUGCCAUUGUGAGGAUAUGACCUCACAUGGUCAGUGGUCGCAUGAGGGAGGUUUUAAACCUUCCUUAUACUAAUGUGGGGGUCAUUUUGACCGCUACCAUAGGCAUUUAAUCUCUUUGGUUUAUUAUAUAUUUUUUAACAGGAUUAGUCAUUGAAAAGGGCUGAUAAAUGUCAUUCCAAUGCAAAUUUAUCUGCAGUUAUUUCUUAAGCAGCCGACCAAUUAAUGUUGACUAUAAAUCAAUCUGAAAUUCAGAAAAAAAAUCGUCCUAAAAAUACAGUCCAUGUUUAUGAACUGUUUUUGAACCAAAUAAUUUGGACAAAAUGGAGGCCUUUGUUAUAAAGUGAAAGCUUAAUUUAGAUUGUCUGUGCAUAGCACUUUUGCUAUUUUUUUUCUUUGAAGAUUGUAGUACUGGGACAAAAUGCUAUAUGAGCACUAGUUAAACAUUUUAACAUCAUGAAUAUCAACUCAGAUAGUGGUUAUUACUUACUCUGCUCUUUCCACUUCUGCCCCUGCAGGUAGAGUUUGAUGUGACAGUGUGGGCAAACAGGAGAAUCUGCCAAGAUGGGGCACAGAGCUUCAAGCUUCGGGUACUUGGGUUCAAUGAGGAACUGAACGUGCAUAUUGAGCCAUUGUGUGACUGUAAUUGUGGGGAUAAUGAGGAGUUCUCUUCUUACUGCAACGAAGGUCUGGGUAACUACAGCUGUGGCGUCUGCAGGUAAAUUAUUUAAUAAGUCCAUUUGCACCCAGCUUGCUUAGAUAUUUUGGCAAUGGCCAAUUAGCUAACUCAAUUUUAAAAAGAUGCUGAAAAUGACUCUCACUUCUGGUCAUUUUUUAAGUACUGCAUAAAGAUAAAAUCUCCAUGAAAUAAAAUUUAAUUGAAAAUUUCAACACAGUCAAAAUAUAUUAUAAGACUCUCAGAGAAGGUCUACGAGGUCUACAGAGAAUCCCAUGCCUUGUUCACUGCUGACUAUAGCGAACUGAAAAUGUAAUUACAAAAUUUAGAAAAAAAAAUCUCUGACUUGCUGUAGUCACAGCUUGACUAUUUUAUUCUAACAUUUGCAGUUCUUAAAGACAAAAAUACUAACAUUCAACAUUUAGUGAAUAAAUCCCAAUCAUGUAAAGAAUUUCUCCACAUCUUAUACUCAAAUAUGGUACCAAUUUUCACUAUCUUUUUUUCUAUCUAUAAGAAAAAUAAUACACAUAGGAGCACACAUGGUGCAGUAGUGUAUAGUCCAAAAAUAUCAUAUUUAUAAAACAUACCAUGAUGUGUGAAAGGGAAUUAUAUGUAAGGAUCCAAAUAUAUCACUGAGCCCCUCUAAGAAUUCCUUUCCUUCUUCUUUGUAGAUACAAAUGUUUCACUCGCAGACUUAAUAUAACAAUACUAGCAGUAUCAAAUAUCUGUUAAUAAAGUCCACCUUAAACUUGUGUUGCAGCAGCUUUAAAGAGUAAAAAAAAUCUAAAUCAUGUUUGUCUCCUUAUCAAAAGUUCUCCCCAAUGGCGCUUUCUGAAAUUUGCUUUGCAAGCAAUGAGCUGUUUGCAAAAGGCAUCAGAAAAAAGGAGAGGAAAGGAGAGCUGAGAGGAGAUUCAAUAUUUUCAUCCACUGCAGUGUUAAUUUUGUCGACUAACAAUUUUAGUCGACUAAAAAUUUUGAGAUUUAGUCAACUAAAAUACAACUAAAUUUAAAACAAUUCAGAUGACUAAAAUAUGACUAAAACUAAAAUGGCAUUUUAGUCAGAAGACUAUGACUAAAACUAAAUUAAAAUUUGCCCACAAAAUUAUCACAGAGGGGCUGUGAAGGGAGCAUAAGAAAUGGAGGAACUGGGAGGACACAAAGAGACACAGAAGAGCUGGGGAAGGGGCAAGAGAGACAGAUAGAGGCUUUAACUAAACCAAUUGGAUUUUAGUCGUGUCUACUAAAAUCUCCAGUAGAUUUAGUCGACUAGACUAAAACUACAACAGUUCAGAUGGCUUUGACUAAAAAUAAAACGGCUUUUUAAUCAAGAGACUAUGACUAAAACUAAAUUGAAAUUUGUCGCCAAAAUUAUAACUGAUCCACUGCAGGCUCUUUCUCCUAUACUUGGCGUACCUAGCGUACUUUGGUAACCAAACUCAUUUUGACUCUUGUUGGAUUGCCAAGAGUAUGUGGGUGCUACUUUCAUAGUUUGGCUUUAUGUUAUCAUUGCAUGACAAUUAGUAUUGUCUCUUCCAAUUAUCCAAUAAAGGAUAAUACAAGAUUAAGAACAGGUGGUCUAUCUUUUAAAAAGUCAUAAAAAAUAACAUCCCAUUACAUGUAUAUACAAUGGAAUAUCACCUAAAUUAGUAAAUCUUAAAAGUGAUGCAAUUUAACUAGUUUUUCAAUAUACCAUGCAGAAAUAGCUCACUUAUAAUGUGUGUGUGUAAUAAGAAUAAAUAAAUUAGUACAGUUUGCUGUUAAAGGGUAAAUUCUUGCUUUUUAGUUCUUAUUUUAACAAGGAGCAUUUCACAUAUUUAACAAGGAGCAUAUCACUAAGAUUUUGUUAAGAAUAUUUAGCUGGAAGUUACCUAUUUUGAAAAAGUUUUUUAACGCCUUAAAGACACUUCAACAUAAUCAAAAGACAUAUCAUGAUUCCCUUUUAUUCCAGAAGUUUGGUCCUUAAGGGGUUAAGUAAUUCCUAUACAAGUGGCAUAUUGACUAAAUCACUUUUUUCAAGAAUGCAAAUAAAAUAUUUAUUUAAAAUAUUUACCUGCAGUCCAGUACCAGGCGAGGCUCCCAGUGUUUUUUUCUGCACCCAUCUCCAACGCCACUGGGGCUGUGCACGGUCCAACAAUAGGAUUCUCAUAGUGGGUAGGAGGGAGUUUUUUUUUUAAAUCAUGGAACAUGGAGGAAGGUGGGAGGGAGCACAGAGUUUGAAGAAGGGUGGGAGGGGAGAUCUAUCUUCCCCUUGCAGGCAGGGGAUUUUAACAUCUGUUGUCAGCGUGCAGUGUAUGCUGACAACAGACAUAAUUUAAGCACAGAAUUGAGAAUUAAGCAGCACGGAACAGAGUUCUGGGCUGUUGAAGCCAUGCGUGCUGGGUGUGCAAGUAGCUCCUGGCAUAUAAUUGCCAAUAGCUUAGUAUGUGCAGUGUUUCAAGCUGAAACACUGUACAUAAUGACUCCUACCACCAUGACCACUUCAAAUCACUGAAGUGGUCAUUGUGGUUGGAGUAAAAAUAGUCACAGGAACCGCACUCACUCCCAAUGGCCAUCGGUGCUCCAGAACAGGACCAGCAAUCCCAACACGUCAAGGCAGCAAGAAAGAUUCCCAGGCACUCAGAGUGUGAAAGCCGCAGGCAGAUUUAUUGAAACAAAAAGGAGAAUAGCAACGUUUCAACCUACUAAGAGGUCUUUUUCAAGGUAUUGUGGUUCGAGUGUCCGUUUAAGCAAAAGGAAUUAAAAUUAAAAUAAUUCACAGUUAAAGGACCACUAUAGUGCCAGGAAAACAUAACUUGUUUUCCUGGCACUAUAGUGCCCUGAGGGUGCCCCCACCCUCAGGGUCCCCCUAACGCCGGGCUGGAUGGAGAGGAAGGGGUAAACUUACCUCUUUCUCCAGCACCGGGCGGGGAGCUCUCCUCCGCCUCCUCUCCUCCUCUUCGGCUGAAUGCGCAUGCGUGGCAAGAGCUGCGCGCGCAUUUAGCCACUCUCAUAGGAAAGCAUUAUCAAUGCUUUCCUAUGGACGCUGGCAUCUUCUCUGAGAAGCACGCAAGCGCCUCUAGCGGCUCUCAAGAGACAGCCACUAGAGGCUGGAUUAACCCUAACAUAAACAUAGCAGUUUCUCUGAAACUGCUAUGUUUAUAGAAAAAAGGGUUAACCCUAGCUGUACCUGGCACCCAGACCACUUUGGUCUGGGUGCCUAUAGUGGUCCUUUAAACCACUUUUUGAAAAGAACAGUUUGAUAAUAACCCCCAGAGUUGUAAUUGGUUAUAUGUAGUGUUCAAAAUUAGUUUUUUAAUAUGUAUCAGCAUUAAAGUUUAAUUGAAACUUGUCAGUUUGGCUAAAAGUAGAAGUAAAUGUAAAUUUACAUUUAUAAAUAGAUUUAGAAGUAAAUGUAAAUUUAUAAGCUGCUGAUAAAGGUAAAAACAAAAAAUAAAGAGUGACUUAGAAAUGUUCAAUGAAGUGUAACUUGGCCCAAAAUAGGUUGGAAACCGCUGGUCUAUGGCACAGCUAUUCCUUCCCACUACACUGAUAUAUAUAUUUUUUCUGUGGCCAAAGCAGAAUUUCACCCCACCAGGUCCCACAUCACUAACGGCCUUCUCUCAUUAUUAUUAUCUUGCACUGAUGUUAAAGGACCACUAUAGUGCCAGGAAAACAUACUCGUUUUCCUGGCACUAUAGUGCCCUGAGGGUGCCCCCACCCUCAGGGUCCCCCUCCCGCCCGGCUCUGGAAAGGGGAAAGGGUUAAAACUUACCUUUUUCCAGCGCUGGGCGGGGAGCUCUCCUCCUCCUCUCCUCCUCCGUUCCUCCUCCUGGGCUGAAUGCGCACGCGCGGCAAGAGCUGCGCGCGCAUUCAGCCCGUCGCAUAGGAAAGCAUUUACAAUGCUUUCCUAUGGACGCUUGCGUGCUCUCACUGUGAAAAUCACAGUGAGAAGCACGCAAGCGCCUCUAGUGGCUGUCAAUGAGACAGCCACUAGAGGAUUAGGGGGAAGGCUUAACCCAUUCAUAAACAUAGCAGUUUCUCUGAAACUGCUAUGUUUAUAAAAAAAUGGGUUAACCCUAGAAGGACCUGGCACCCAGACCACUUCAUUAAGCUGAAGUGGUCUGGGUGCCUAGAGUGGUCCUUUAAGGUCACCUAAGAUGCUGAGCUUCAUUAAGUCCUUAAUUGUAGUAUUUUGAGCACACACACAGGAAUAGUUCUAUUGUAGAGCUUUGCCUGAAUAUGCCCCACUUUAUGUCACUGAGCUACACUUUCUAAAGAAGUGCCGUCAUGGAGUUACCGUAUAUACUCGAGUAUAAGUCAACCCGAAUAUAAGUCGAGACUCCUAAUUCUACCCCAAAAAACUGGGAAAACUUAUUGACUCGAGUAUAAGACUAGGGUGGAAAAUGCAGCAGCUACUAGUAAAUUUCUAAAUAAAAUUAGAUCCCAAUAAAAUUACAUUAAUUGAAUAUUUAUUUUGUGUAUGAGUGCAGUGUGUGUGUAUGAAUGCAGUGUGUAUGUGUAUGAGUGCAGUGUGUGUAUAUAAUAUAGAGUGUGUUUGUGUAUGUGAUGCAGAGUGUGUAACCUUGGUACGAGGUGGGCAUUUGUAUUAUUUUUUUUUAAUUAUUAUUAUUUUAAUAUUACAUUUUUUUAAAAAUAUUAUUAAUAUUUUUAUUUUAUUUUAAUAUUAUUACAUUUUUUAUUUUAUUAUAUGAUUAUUUAAAUUUGUAUUAAUAAUUUUUUGUCCCCCCCCUUCCUGCUUGAUACAUGGCUAGGGAGGGGGGCUUUAACAUUCCCUGGUGGUCCAGUGGCAUGGGCUGUGCAGGAGGGGGGCUGGCAGCGAGCUGUAACUUACCUUUCCUGCAGCUCCUGUUAGCUCCCUUCUCCUCCGUGCCAGUCAGCUCCCCUUUUAGCUCCCACUGUAAGUCUCGCGGAGCCUUGCAGCGGUAACCCGGGGCCAUGCUCUGAUCCGCGGCUCUCGCGAGACUUACAGUGGGAGCUGACAGGGAUGCUGACCGGCACGGAGGAGAAGGGAGCUGACAGGAGCUGCAGGAAAGGUAAGUUACAGCUUGCUGCCAGCCCCCAACAGGACUGCAGGGCUUGUAAUGAGCCCGGCGGUCCUGGUCUGUAUUAUGGCAAUGUAAGUUGCCAUAAUACAGACAUGACUCGAGUAUAAGACGAGUGGGGGGUUUUCAGUACAAUAAAUGUGCCAAAAAACUCGGCUUAUACUCGAGUAUACACGGGUAUUUUGCUUUUUAACAAAAGAUUUGCACAGAUAUGAAAAUUUGUAGUCCAUUUAUUGUCCGAUUUCCAAUUUAAUUUCCAGGUACAUGGAAUUCUAUAAUAAAAUAAUGGAACCUGACUAUCUGUAGGAAACAUAUGGAAAUAGAUCAGUAUUCUCUUCUCUUUCAGCUGCCCCGAUGGCUACAGAGGAAAACAAUGCGAGUGUCAACAAGACAAGCAGGACUCUGAAUCAGACUGCAGGGUGGGGGAAUCCCUGCCCUGCAAUGGCCGUGGAAGGUGCGAAUGUGGACGAUGCGCAUGCAACUUGGGUGUGAGAGGAGAAUUUUGUGACUGUGACGACAAUGGCUGUGAGAAACAUGACGGCCAAGUGUGUGGAGGUAAGGACAUCUCACAUCACCCACGGCACAUUUUAAAGGCAAACUGCAUUCUAGAUGCUAUUCUGAUAAGUAAUCUAAAUGAUUCAUAACAUAUAACUAAUAUUUACCCAUGUCAAUGGCUUAUAGCAAAUCUUUCACUUAUGGAGUCUUAAUUUAUUUACAAAGACACUCCCCCUCAAAGUGGCAUGUACACUUCAUUAUGACACCCUGGGGAAAAGGUCGGCAUAUGUAUCUUAACCUCUCAUUCUCUCUCUUUGGAGCCACCAUCUUACUCUUAGAUCCUAACUUUAUCUGCUGGAAACCCACAUCAUUGGUCAGUGGAAGCUCCUACAAGACCAAGGAAUCCUCUAUAUAGGAUCUCAUACAUGAUGAUCUCAUAUCGAGCAAGAAGAUGCUUGUUCCCAUCAGCUGCCACUCAUAUGAAAUGUUCCAUUGCUGGAAUAAUGUGCCUCCAUUUCAACAGAGAUAUAUAAGUUUUUAUGACACUUUCCUAAUCUGUAGUAUAUAACUACAAUCCUUAAACCAUAAAUCAGACAUCUCGAUUUCUGACACUUUUAGCCAAUGAGCCAAACCUGCAGUGCAUGACUUAGCUCAGCCGAGGAGCUUCCGGCUGCAGAUGAGGCAACAGGAGGGCUUAGCUCAGUGGAGCUAAGGAAACUCUAUGCAGCAGCUACCAGCUCAACUGCAGAUGGCACUGGCGGUCUGAAGGUAAGUUGUCAAGUCAUGCUUAGGUGGUUUGACUACUUACUUUAGGAGGAUGCCAUGGCACUCCUGGCACCAUAACUGCUACAGAUGAUGACAGUGGUUAUAAUUCUUGGGAGUUUAAACAAUCUUUCUGUUCUCCUUGCCAUUUGCAGUGUAUGGUGACCCUUACAUGUGUUUAGUUAGUGUUCUCUGGCUUUGACUCAGCCUUUUCUUCAGUAUUCAAACCCAGGCUAAUUUGAGUGUAUUUCUUUUAUUUAUUUAUUUAUUUUUGUAUUAACAUAAAUGUACAGACAUAUGUCAGGUAACAAUAUUCAAAAUACAACGUAAACAUUUUGCGAACAUCUGUCACAUAAAAUUAUACGUUGGCAUUGCCCUGUCUUAUAGUACAUGAGUGUAGGAUUGUCGUUCCCAUUUUGCAUGCUAAGUGUGUGCGUUUCGUAUCUGUCCUUACGGUUGCUUUAUGAUGGUCAAUACUUUUUUUUGUUUGUUUAAUCUAGAAUGUGGAAAAGGAAAUUAAGGAGAGGGGGAUAUCUAGCACUCUGGUAUACCUCGAUUUGAUACCACCAGGACUACUGAGUGCUAUUUCUGUGCCAUGUGACCUUUGAUGUUGUGACUGGGUUUACUAUCUGCGCGUUUUCUAGUUAGGUAUUCCUUUGAUCGCGCGUUAGCACACUUAUCUUCUACCUGUCCUAUGGUAGCUAUUUGGAAUUUUUAACUCCGCAAAAAGGAAAGCACUUGGUAUAUCCUAUCGGUGGUUCGUCCUGUGAUUCCAUCUUUAGCCUGUACCAGCUCUUCCCCUGAAAAAAGUGAUAGAAAAAUAAGGAGGAAUAGUAAGGAAUAGAAAGAAUAGUAAUUGGGACAUGAGAAGUGGGGGGGUGAGGUGGGCUGGGGUAGGGGGCGUUUGAUGGGUAGGGCAUUUAAUUUGACUGGCUGAUUGCGCUUGUGUGUAACUUCCCACGGGACAGUUUUCCCAAGGUUUCCAUAUCCUAAUGAAGGUUUUUGAGGUGCCUCUAAUUCUAGCUGUUAGAUCGUCCAUUAAAUGAACCUCUUUUAUCCUAUUUAUCACUCCUACUAUGGAUGGCGUGCCUGGUUUGAGCUACUCGGAGGCUACAGCUCUCCUUGCUGCUAAUGUAAUUUUGUGUAUAAGCUUUUGUUCAUAACUGGUCCAUCCAUCUAUGGGCCUGCUUAAUAAGUAUAGCCAUGGAUCUACAUCAGGGGCUCUUGAAAAAACCUGUGAUAGUAGGGCCCUUAUCAGGUUCCAGAAAGUGAUCAUCUGUGGACAUUCCCACCCAGUGUGGAUAUAUGUCCCUCUCAAUCCACAGCCCCUCCAACACACGUCCGUAGGAGUUUUUUUCAUUUGAUAUAGUUUUACCGGAGUAGUAUACCAACGAAACAUUGUUUUGAUUGAUUGUUCCUGGAGGGUAACACACACAGAAGAGGUAUGGUUAGCCUCCCAAAUCUCCUGCCAGUUUAUACCCUCCAGCACCUCCCCUAGGUCUCUCUCCCAUUGAUCUGUGUAGGACAGUUUACCCCAGUCCCUAGUUUCUAAGCAGAGGUGGGCAUACAUGAGAAUUUGAGUGUAUUUCUAACCUGAACCAGGCUGUAUUCCCUGUUUUGUGUAUUUCUGGUAUCAGGACAGAGCUAGCUUUAGUGACUAUGUUUAUAUGACAUGGUUUUUUUUUUACAUCUUCUGACAUAUUUCAUUAAGCCAGGGCCUCUCUAUCUUUUUCUGUCUUCACUUGUUAGGAUUGUUAGAUCUGUGUUGGGGUUAAAUGUACUCCUGACAUAUAGCCACCUAAUAAAAGGAUGUCUAUUUUCAAUAUUUAAUUCAAAAUAAAGAUUUCUGAUGUUUUGUUUUUGUUGCAAGGAUGAAUUGACAUACGUAUACUGAUAAUGUUGGUCCAUUGUAGCAGUUAUCCUUCUUUAAUGCAACCAACAGCCAUUAUACGGGAUGGAGAAUAUUUAAAAAUAUGUUAAUACCUUUAUGUAAGCAUGCCUGUAGAAUAUGUCAAUUGUUUAUAGCUGGGCAUAGCAAGAAUGUGUGCCAUAAUCACCAUUCUAGAUCACUGAGCUAUAACUAAGCUAAUAGUGAACUGAUAUCUAUUUUGGGGAAUGGAAAAAUAUCUAAGCUUUUGCAUGGUGCCUGGAGUCAAACCGAUACAAUUUCUCUUGGUUCUCAUAUGAUUCCAUGUGAUUUAAAGGAGCAUACAUAGAAAAAUGUAUUUUUACUUUGUAAGCUAGUUAUAUUCAAUAUUGAUAUAUUAAGGGGACUCCGAUUGGUUAGAUAGAUAGAUAAAUGCUAGAUAGCUAGAUUCUCACAUAGAUAUAAUAUUCUUCUCUCACCCAGGUAUUUCCAGGGGAAUUUGUGACUGCGGGAAAUGCAAAUGUUUGGCUAAUUACACUGGCGAUGACUGCACUUGCAGUCUGGAUACAAGCGCAUGUAUGACCAGCGAAGGAAUAUGCAGCGGCCAUGGACGAUGUGUGUGCAACAAGUGUAUCUGUGAGGAAGGGUAUCACAACAAGGUGUGUAAAGAGUGCCCUCAGUGCCCGACGCCAUGCCAAAAACACAGGUGAGCUCACAGGUGUAUUUGUGAUUGGCCUUCUCGUGUGAAGGACCUUUGAAGAAAAAUAAACAUUGCAUGCUUCUUAUUAGGGUCUGCAAGCUGUUAUCUCAAUGUGCUUGCUAGUAAUAAAUUACAUUAUACAACUUGUAUUUAUAAGUACAUUUCAUGUGGUUUGAUAGUAGUCACCAUUGUCACAUCAUUUAGAAAGUUAGAAAGUUAACAACCUUUUUUUCAUAUAAACACAUGAAAGGGAAUAGAUUUAAGUACACUUACAAAAUGAAUAAGCAAAAAUAAAUAAAUAAAAGAGUAACACAAUAAAGGGAUUGAAUUUAAAUACACUUAUAAAAUGAAUAAAGACUUAAGUACUCAGCCUUUUUUGUUAUUAAAUAAGCAUUGAUAUACAUGACACAGAGGGAAAGAGUCAGAGGGAUAAAGGGAAACAAAGGGUAAAGGGAAAAGAAAGGGUCACAAAAGAUACAAUACAUUUUACUUAAUACGCACUUGUAAUACAAAUGUAUUUAUAUAGAAAUCCCUCCUGGUUAAGGGGAUAUCACUUUAGUAAUAAUUUUUGUAAGAAUUAUGGAACCUAAAUGAAAACUUCACGUUGGCUUGAUAGGAUAAAUACUUAUCCCAUAAUAGACUAGAUAACCACUGAGAACACAUGGGUUAAAAUAUUAAAAUGAUUAUGUGUCAAUUCACAAGAUGUGUUUUUAUGUUUUAGAUCAGGGGUGGGGAACCUUUGGCCCUCCAGAUGUUUUGGACUACAUCUCCCUUGAUACUUUGCCAGCAUUAUGGCUGUCAGAGCAUUAUGGGAAAUGUAGUGCAGAACAUCUGGAGGGCCGAAGGUUCCCCACCCCUAUUUUAGAUAAAAAGAUCCUUUUUUUUCUCUCUCUCCUACCCUAAACAAGGGAUAAAGAGUCCUCGCCUGAUCGGCAGACAUUUUUUUUAAAAGGACAGAUUGGAGGUAUUAGAUAUCGCACCCUGGUCUCAUGGAUGGGACUGGAAAUGGGAAGCGGCCCAUGGUGGAUGUAUAGAUGGCAUGAAUAGCUGUCCCUUUUUUGUUGUUUUUUUGUUUUGUUGUAUGUGUGCACUGUCGUGACUGUGGACUCCUAUGGCUAGUGAUUUAUUAGGGAAUUUACAUGAAAAAUUUAUUAAAAAUAGUUACUUUUAAUGUAAAAGGCCUCAAUAUACCCCAAAAGAGAAUCAUUUUCUUAGACUGGCUUGAUAAAAGCAAUAUAGAUGUUUGUGGUAUACAGAAGACUCACUGGAAGGGCAAUAAUGCUAAUAGAAUUAUAAGUAAAAAAAUUCCAAAUGAAAUAAAUGCUUCUCUAAGAGAUAGUAAAAAAUGUGGAGUAGCUAUUCUUAUUUCAAUUUUUUUUAAAUACGAACACAUACUGAAAACGUGAUAAAAAGGAAGAUUUAUUUUCCUGAUAUGCAAAUUGAACAAUAAAAUAUUUUCUCUUAAUGUUUAAGCACCUAAUGAAAAACAGGUGCACUAUCAAACGGAAUAUUGUAUAAAUUUCUUGAUAGAAUCAAGAGUACGUUUCUACUCUUUGGAGAUUUUUACUGUAUUGUAAAUGUCGAAAAAGAUAAGCUAAAGACAAAAACUUGACCUAAAAACACGGUGGUUGGCAAGAUCUUUUCAAGAUACCCUUGCAAAAUGCAAACUAUAUGAUCUGUGGAGAACACAUUUCCUUUUGGAAAUGAAUACACUCACUUUUCACAUAGACAUCACUCGUUUUCCAGACUUUACAUGAUUAAGUCUCAUAACACAACUGCUAGUCUAUGUAAGAAGAUAAAAUUGGAUAAAGUGGCCCUGUCUGAUCAUAAUCCAGUCUGUUUGGAAAUAGAGAUUGACUAUAUACUAAAAAGGGGUAACUGGAGAAUCAGAGAUACCCUGCUCAACAAUAAGGAAACAGUGGAGGAAAUUACCUCGGUAUCGAAUCUAUAUUUUAAAGAAAAUUUAAACAGAGAAGUUAGCCAAGGCAAAGUAUGGGGUGCCUACAAAUGUGUUAUCAAGGGACAUUUACUUAAAAUAGAGGCCCAUAUUAAAAAAGAGCAUUGCCAGUCCCUAAAUGAUCUCUAUAUUAAAUUGGAUAAUCUUGAGAGCAUAAAACCUAAAGAUAAAGAGGUGAUUAAAGAAAUAGUUCAAGCUAGAAAUAACAUUAGAGUCUGCUGCCUAUACCAAACAAAACCUUACUCAAAUGGAAACAGAAUUAGUAGUAUCAGGGUAACCACACAGAUACAUUUCUAACCAACUUUAAAAAUCUCAUCUUAAAGAAAGAAAUUUUCAAAAUCACAAGAAAUGGCUGCUUUAAUAUCCUGAUCAAAUUGAAUCUGUGUUCAGAGAAUACUACCACCAUUUGUACAAUUUUUAUGACUGUAAUAAAAAUAUCAAUUUGGAAUAUUUAAGAAACUUAAAACUAAAAUCACUGAAUACAAAACAAAAGGAACUUAUAGAGAAAUCAUUCUGUUUAUUUUUCCUUGUGACAUGCAGUCCCUGCGCAGAGUGCAAAGCCUUUGGAACUGGUCCCUUGAGUAGUACUUGCUCUGCUAAAUGUGAAAAUGUUAAUGUCACCAUGGUCAAAGCGUCAGAUCCCAGAUUGAAGGACAGAGAAGGAUGGUGCCAGGAAAAAAAAGAGGACUCUCUAAUUACAUUCCAUAUCACAGAAGAUGGGAAAAUGGUUCAUAUUCUUGUGAAGGAAAAAGGUGAAAGAAAAGAAAAGUGGAUUAUUGAGGGCAUGUUGAUGAUUAAGUGGGAUGGUAGCAAAUGAAAAUACAUAAAUGGGAUAUUAUUGCUUUACUCUCACGGCAAGCAUUGUUUGCGUAUAUCAAACAGCUACAUCUAUUUUAAACAUCUAAGAGCCUUUAAUGUUUAGCUAAUACUUACCACCCUUACAUACUCAAAAGUGUUCCCCCAAAGAUUAGCCUUUUAUUUGCUUUCUUAAAAAUCACUCACAACAUCUUACGCUUUGCUCAAUAACAGUACCUGUGUUGCCUUUACAAAAAUGGCCCUAUAUGUUAAAGGAACAUUUCAAGCACCAUAACCCCUACGGUGAUCUGUAGCAGGUGUGGUGUCAGGAGUGUCCUUGCCACCCUCCUCACUCCCCCCAAUUUCCUACCAAGGUUCCACUGGGUGAUUCUCUUUGCAUCUCCUUUUCUAGAAUGAGUUUACUCUCAGCAAAUGCUCUAAGAUAUUCACCAGCCGUCUUAGCUCAGAACUGUGAGUUACUGGUUCUCUUAGAGGCACUAACAUUGGAACACUGUAGUGGCUUUUUAAAAUUCCAUUAACAGCAAUAACCUAAAAGAAUUCUCAUGUAAAGUAUCAAUUCUGAUCUCUUUCAUCUUGCCUCUUCUUCUAGCUACAUUCCAAUUCACAUUCCUAGAAUCCACCAACUUAUGCACAGCUUGUAUUGAAACUUACGAGAAUGAAUCUUUACAUAUUUUCUAAAAAUUUGUUUUUUUUCUUAUUUACUCACAGAGGUUGUAGAUCAAACACAUCUAAUUAUGGGUCUGGUUUUGGGCACUGCAAUGAUUGGGCUGUUGAUCAUCGUAGCGUACCGUGUGGCAGUGGAGUUAAUUGACCGACAAGAGUACAAACGCUUCCAGAAAGCAAGAAAUGAAGAACGAUGGAAUGAGGUCUGUAAAUAACGCAAACUAAAAACAGAAUCUGUUUUCCAAUAGUUGGCACUACGCUUUUGUCAUUAGAUGUAACUAUUUCACAAAGUACUCAUCUAAUAAACACAUGCAAAAAUGUGCUUUCAUAAAUCUGUAAAUAAAAUGCCUUGCAAUCACCUAACGAAAAUUCCGUAAGUUCAAAAACGAACAAAAUCAUCUGAAAUUAAAAUCCUAAUUAAAACGAUUUUAAUUUGUAUGAUUUGGUUCAUUUGUGAACAAACUGAAUUUUCGGAAUUGAUUCAUUCGAGUGGCGAGUGCAACACCCAGAUACGGUUGAUUAUUCCUUUUUCUCUGCUCUCCACUCUACAUACUCAAGAAUCAAUUUGGUUGUAGUAAAUAGACUGUACAUGAAAACUGUAGAUAUGAUUGACAUAAACUGCAUAUCAUGGUCAGACCACACUGUCAUUGACCUGUUUCUUAGACUUCCAAGGACCACGUCCUCCUGGACAUGGCAACUAAACACCUCGCUCCUACUGGAUGAGCAGAUAGUGAAAGAACAUAAAACCGUAUCCGAAAAUAUUUUCAACAUAUUGAUGAUUUCCCUCCUUUUACAACUUUUCACUUACAUCUUCUUAUUUCUAAAAUUAAAUUAUGUUCUAAGGUGUACAAACAUACGCAGCAACUGAAGCAGACUGGAUCUCUUGCAACUUAGUAAUCAAUUAAGAUAAUAUAAUUAAUUUAGCUUGUGUGGUUUUAUUUUAAAAAAAAAAAAGAGAGAAAGAGAGGAUCACUAUACUGAAUCGGAUUUGGUGUAAAAAAAAAAAAGAUUUUCAAAAUUCAAAGAUUACUUGGUUUGCAUAAUGACAAAAUAACAAUAACUUAUCCACAAUAUGUUAGUAUUUUUCUAAAAAUCAGAUAGAGGACAACCAAAAAAUAAUUUUCCCCCCUACUUUAUCUUUCAGAGCAAUAACCCACUGUUUAAAAGUGCUACAACUACCGUGAUGAACCCAAACUUUCAGGAUUAAUGAAUAACCGUUUUUGUCAUCUGGACUGCUGGGAACAGUUUUGUAAAUUUUUUUUUUUAAAAGCCCAGUACAAGUUGGUUGGAGAUUAUAUAUGUCUCUUUACCAGUGGCUGACAGCUGUAAACCCACACCAUUGAACAAGUAUUGACUGUUUCUGGGAACCCUGGUACCUUGCCUUGAUAUAUCUGCAAGAAACAAUAUUAUUUCCAGUCAAACAAGAUUAGAAUCUGAUAAUUAAAACAUUAGUUGAUGGAAUGCCUGAUGUGAUGGAAUAUACUUUUGUUCUGGAUGCCUUUAUUUAAAUACCGAAAACCCCUCGAAAUUGUACAUGGAUACAAAAGAACAACUUAAGAACUGUGUGCUAUUGGUUCAUGACCAAGGUCUCUUCUAGCUUGAAUAAUAAAGGGGAAAAAAAUGGUCCACAGAUAAGUGGAGCAUGGUAUAUUUAAUAAGUGGUAUUUCUGCAUACCAUACUUUUUUCAUGUGAGCAAAUGCAGUUUCCUUGAGGAUAUAUAGUAAGCAAAAAUACCAAAAGGAAAAUGAGAAACCACCUCUUGUUUAAACAGGAUCUAGGUAGUAUUCAUUUUUUAAUGUAACCUAGUCACCUUAGCUCUGGGUCAGGAACCAAAAUUGGUUUCCUGUGAAAUUCUAUUAAAUCUCCAAUGGAGAGAACAGGUACAUCAUGUUUAUCAAGCACCGGGCAGCUGCCAACACGAAAUGGUCUUCUGUAGCAGAACUGUCUUCUUAAGGUAUUCCAGAAUUUAUUUUGCUACAUACUAUUGUACAAACUGAAGAAUGGAUUACUGGGGUAAUUUUAUAAUUAAAUAGCUUGCCAUGCUAAUGCUACAUCGACCGUUGGGUCUUGAUAAAGAGAAAGUUAAUAACCACUGGUUUAUGAAUAACUAGAAUGAUGGAUUAUUAUAGAGGUCAACAUAUUCCGCCACACUUUGCAACUUUAUAAUGGGGAAUAACCAGCAAAUAACACAAAAAAGAAAUGUUAACAGAAACAAAAAGGUGGAAGGGACUCAAUGAACUUAAAACCUAGAGGAGGUAAUUAACCAUAAAAAAAGAAAUAACUGGCUGACUUGUAACCUUACACUCCAGGCUGAAGCUGAUUAGCAUUUUAGUAAAAUUAUAUAGAUAAUAAAUCACAAUAUGUACAAUAGUACCCAUCAGGCAGGCUGUUGACAACAUUAAUAGUCAUAUAUCACAAUAGUCAACCCAUAAACUGGAUUAUAUCUGUUAUUGUAUCCCAGGCAAUAGACAGAUCUUGGGUGUGAAAAUUAAGUUGUAUACAAACCACUUGUUCAUAUAACCUCAGGAUUGAUGGAAGUCAAUGUUCUGUUAUGGAUUUUUAUAUAUAUGUAUGUACUAAGUAUAUGAGGCAUUAAUACUCUGUGCACCAUUGUCCCUCACUUAUUGUUUGUUAAUAUAAUCUUCUUUUACCAUGCAAAUGUUGUAAACGAAACAAAAUGCAAAUAAAAUAAAAUAAAAAUAUGUACAAGAAAA